UCACACCCCCUGCCCCCUCAUGCCAUCCGCUCCCCCCGCCCCUACCCUCCGCGUGCCCGCUCCCUUGCCGCCUCUUUUGACCCUCCCUGCCCCCCCUCGCCGUUUCCCACCGCCCGCCAUUCGCUCCUCCCCGCCCGUGCGCUCCCCUCCUUUACCUUCUCCUCCCCCCUCCCCUCCUCUGCUGCACGCCUCUUCCUUCCCCUCGCCGACCCACUCCACUCCCUGCCCCUCCUCAAUCCGCACCCUGCCCCUCGUAUCUCGCCCCCCUAUGCUUGGUUUCUCCCCUCCCUGCCCCUCGCCGCCUUUCCCCGCUCCCCACCUCCCCCCUCUCCCUGCCCCCCCCACUCUCCCCCCCCCCUUGUCCUUGGCUUCCUACCUCCCUGCCUCACCUUUCCCCCCUCCGUGUGCUCAGCUUCUCCCCUCCCUGCCCCUCCCUCCUCCCCGCCCUGCCCCUCAUUUUCCGCCCCCCCCCCCCCCACGCCCGGUUUCUCCCCUCCCCGCGCCUCCCUUUCUUUCUCCGUGCCUCUCCUUUGCUCCCUCCCUGCCCCCGCCUGCCCAUGCCCCUGUCUUUGGCUUCUCCCCUCCCUGCCCCACGUUUCUUCCCUCCCUGCCCCCCGUCUGCCCCUCCCUUGUUUUCCCCUCACCCAUUGCUUCUCUCCUCCCUGCCCUUGAUUUCCCACACCCCUGCCCUCGUUUCCUAUCAUCCAUGCCCCUCGUUUCCCCCCUUUGUACGUUCAGCCUCUUCCCUCCCUGCCCCUCCCUUCCUCCCCCCCUGCCCUUUGCUCUCCCCUCCCCCUGCCCGUUGCUGCCCCUCCCCUUGCCCCCUCAACUCCCCUGCCCCCCGUACACCCCAAGUCCCAUCCAACCGCCCCCACCCUCCCCCGGCUGCCCGUUUCCGCUCUCCACCCCCGCGACCGUGUGCGGCUUCCAACCGCCCAACGGUGGUGCGCACGGGGCUCACACCCCCUGCCCCCUCAUGCCAUCCGCUCCCCCCGCCCCUACCCUCCGCGUGCCCGCUCCCUUGCCGCCUCUUUUGACCCUCCCUGCCCCCCCUCGCCGUUUCCCACCGCCCGCCAUUCGCUCCUCCCCGCCCGUGCGCUCCCCUCCUUUACCUUCUCCUCCCCCCUCCCCUCCUCUGCUGCACGCCUCUUCCUUCCCCUCGCCGACCCACUCCACUCCCUGCCCCUCCUCAAUCCGCACCCUGCCCCUCGUAUCUCGCCCCCCUAUGCUUGGUUUCUCCCCUCCCUGCCCCUCGCCGCCUUUCCCCGCUCCCCACCUCCCCCCUCUCCCUGCCCCCCCCCACUCUCCCCCCCCCUUGUCCUUGGCUUCCUACCUCCCUGCCUCACCUUUCCCCCCUCCGUGUGCUCAGCUUCUCCCCUCCCUGCCCCUCCCUCCUCCCCGCCCUGCCCCUCAUUUUCCGCCCCCCCCCCCCCCACGCCCGGUUUCUCCCCUCCCCGCGCCUCCCUUUCUUUCUCCGUGCCUCUCCUUUGCUCCCUCCCUGCCCCCGCCUGCCCAUGCCCCUGUCUUUGGCUUCUCCCCUCCCUGCCCCACGUUUCUUCCCUCCCUGCCCCCCGUCUGCCCCUCCCUUGUUUUCCCCUCACCCAUUGCUUCUCUCCUCCCUGCCCUUGAUUUCCCACACCCCUGCCCUCGUUUCCUAUCAUCCAUGCCCCUCGUUUCCCCCCUUUGUACGUUCAGCCUCUUCCCUCCCUGCCCCUCCCUUCCUCCCCCCCUGCCCUUUGCUCUCCCCUCGUUACGCUCCCUUCUCCCCAUCCCUGCUGCCCUCUUACCACCAUCAGCCCAUCCCCACGACCAGCCCCCCUCCCACCCUUCAAUCCCCCCCUCCCUCUCUCUCUCUCUCUCUCUCUCUCUCUCUCUCUCUUUCUCACACACACACACACACACGCACACUCCCCUCCCCCACCCCCCCCCACCUACAUCCUCCCAUUCUGCCCCUCCCUGCCCCUUUCCCACCCCCUCGCACGCCCCUCACCUCCCACCUCCGUGCAACUGGUUUCCCCCCUAUGGUGCCACCCUUGCAUCGCUCGCCCCUCUGCUCACCCUCUGCCCGCCCCUUUUCCGUGCCCUCAGUUGGCCCAGCCCCUGCCCGUUGCUGCCCCUCCCCUUGCCCCCUCAACUCCCCUGCCCCCCGUACACCCCAAGUCCCAUCCAACCGCCCCCACCCUCCCCCGGCUGCCCGUUUCCGCUCUCCACCCCCGCGACCGUGUGCGGCUUCCAACCGCCCAACGGUGGUGCGCACGGGGCUCACACCCCCUGCCCCCUCAUGCCAUCCGCUCCCCCCGCCCCUACCCUCCGCGUGCCCGCUCCCUUGCCGCCUCUUUUGACCCUCCCUGCCCCCCCUCGCCGUUUCCCACCGCCCGCCAUUCGCUCCUCCCCGCCCGUGCGCUCCCCUCCUUUACCUUCUCCUCCCCCCUCCCCUCCUCUGCUGCACGCCUCUUCCUUCCCCUCGCCGACCCACUCCACUCCCUGCCCCUCCUCAAUCCGCACCCUGCCCCUCGUAUCUCGCCCCCCUAUGCUUGGUUUCUCCCCUCCCUGCCCCUCGCCGCCUUUCCCCGCUCCCCACCUCCCCCCUCUCCCUGCCCCCCCCACUCUCCCCCCCCCUUGUCCUUGGCUUCCUACCUCCCUGCCUCACCUUUCCCCCCUCCGUGUGCUCAGCUUCUCCCCUCCCUGCCCCUCCCUCCUCCCCGCCCUGCCCCUCAUUUUCCGCCCCCCCCCCCCCACGCCCGGUUUCUCCCCUCCCCGCGCCUCCCUUUCUUUCUCCGUGCCUCUCCUUUGCUCCCUCCCUGCCCCCGCCUGCCCAUGCCCCUGUCUUUGGCUUCUCCCCUCCCUGCCCCACCCCCUGCCCGUUGCUGCCCCUCCCCUUGCCCCCUCAACUCCCCUGCCCCCCGUACACCCCAAGUCCCAUCCAACCGCCCCCACCCUCCCCCGGCUGCCCGUUUCCGCUCUCCACCCCCGCGACCGUGUGCGGCUUCCAACCGCCCAACGGUGUCACACCCCCUGCCCCCUCAUGCCAUCCGCUCCCCCCGCCCCUACCCUCCGCGUGCCCGCUCCCUUGCCGCCUCUUUUGACCCUCCCUGCCCCCCCUCGCCGUUUCCCACCGCCCGCCAUUCGCUCCUCCCCGCCCGUGCGCUCCCCUCCUUUACCUUCUCCUCCCCCCUCCCCUCCUCUGCUGCACGCCUCUUCCUUCCCCUCGCCGACCCACUCCACUCCCUGCCCCUCCUCAAUCCGCACCCUGCCCCUCGUAUCUCGCCCCCCUAUGCUUGGUUUCUCCCCUCCCUGCCCCUCGCCGCCUUUCCCCGCUCCCCACCUCCCCCCUCUCCCUGCCCCCCCCACUCUCCCCCCCCCCUUGUCCUUGGCUUCCUACCUCCCUGCCUCACCUUUCCCCCCUCCGUGUGCUCAGCUUCUCCCCUCCCUGCCCCUCCCUCCUCCCCGCCCUGCCCCUCAUUUUCCGCCCCCCCCCCCCCCACGCCCGGUUUCUCCCCUCCCCGCGCCUCCCUUUCUUUCUCCGUGCCUCUCCUUUGCUCCCUCCCUGCCCCCGCCUGCCCAUGCCCCUGUCUUUGGCUUCUCCCCUCCCUGCCCCACGUUUCUUCCCUCCCUGCCCCCCGUCUGCCCCUCCCUUGUUUUCCCCUCACCCAUUGCUUCUCUCCUCCCUGCCCUUGAUUUCCCACACCCCUGCCCUCGUUUCCUAUCAUCCAUGCCCCUCCCCCUGCCCGUUGCUGCCCCUCCCCUUGCCCCCUCAACUCCCCUGCCCCCCGUACACCCCAAGUCCCAUCCAACCGCCCCCACCCUCCCCCGGCUGCCCGUUUCCGCUCUCCACCCCCGCGACCGUGUGCGGCUUCCAACCGCCCAACGGUGGUGCGCACGGGGCUCACACCCCCUGCCCCCUCAUGCCAUCCGCUCCCCCCGCCCCUACCCUCCGCGUGCCCGCUCCCUUGCCGCCUCUUUUGACCCUCCCUGCCCCCCCUCGCCGUUUCCCACCGCCCGCCAUUCGCUCCUCCCCGCCCGUGCGCUCCCCUCCUUUACCUUCUCCUCCCCCCUCCCCUCCUCUGCUGCACGCCUCUUCCUUCCCCUCGCCGACCCACUCCACUCCCUGCCCCUCCUCAAUCCGCACCCUGCCCCUCGUAUCUCGCCCCCCUAUGCUUGGUUUCUCCCCUCCCUGCCCCUCGCCGCCUUUCCCCGCUCCCCACCUCCCCCCUCUCCCUGCCCCCCCCACUCUCCCCCCCCCCUUGUCCUUGGCUUCCUACCUCCCUGCCUCACCUUUCCCCCCUCCGUGUGCUCAGCUUCUCCCCUCCCUGCCCCUCCCUCCUCCCCGCCCUGCCCCUCAUUUUCCGCCCCCCCCCCCCCCCACGCCCGGUUUCUCCCCUCCCCGCGCCUCCCUUUCUUUCUCCGUGCCUCUCCUUUGCUCCCUCCCUGCCCCCGCCUGCCCAUGCCCCUGUCUUUGGCUUCUCCCCUCCCUGCCCCACGUUUCUUCCCUCCCUGCCCCCCGUCUGCCCCUCCCUUGUUUUCCCCUCACCCAUUGCUUCUCUCCUCCCUGCCCUUGAUUUCCCACACCCCUGCCCUCGUUUCCUAUCAUCCAUGCCCCUCGUUUCCCCCCUUUCCCCUGCCCGUUGCUGCCCCUCCCCUUGCCCCCUCAACUCCCCUGCCCCCCGUACACCCCAAGUCCCAUCCAACCGCCCCCACCCUCCCCCGGCUGCCCGUUUCCGCUCUCCACCCCCGCGACCGUGUGCGGCUUCCAACCGCCCAACGGUGGUGCGCACGGGGCUCACACCCCCUGCCCCCUCAUGCCAUCCGCUCCCCCCGCCCCUACCCUCCGCGUGCCCGCUCCCUUGCCGCCUCUUUUGACCCUCCCUGCCCCCCCUCGCCGUUUCCCACCGCCCGCCAUUCGCUCCUCCCCGCCCGUGCGCUCCCCUCCUUUACCUUCUCCUCCCCCCUCCCCUCCUCUGCUGCACGCCUCUUCCUUCCCCUCGCCGACCCACUCCACUCCCUGCCCCUCCUCAAUCCGCACCCUGCCCCUCGUAUCUCGCCCCCCUAUGCUUGGUUUCUCCCCUCCCUGCCCCUCGCCGCCUUUCCCCGCUCCCCACCUCCCCCCUCUCCCUGCCCCCCCCACUCUCCCCCCCCCCUUGUCCUUGGCUUCCUACCUCCCUGCCUCACCUUUCCCCCCUCCGUGUGCUCAGCUUCUCCCCUCCCUGCCCCUCCCUCCUCCCCGCCCUGCCCCUCAUUUUCCGCCCCCCCCCCCCCACGCCCGGUUUCUCCCCUCCCCGCGCCUCCCUUUCUUUCUCCGUGCCUCUCCUUUGCUCCCUCCCUGCCCCCGCCUGCCCAUGCCCCUGUCUUUGGCUUCUCCCCUCCCUGCCCCACGUUUCUUCCCUCCCUGCCCCCCGUCUGCCCCUCCCUUGUUUUCCCCUCACCCAUUGCUUCUCUCCUCCCUGCCCUUGAUUUCCCACACCCCUGCCCUCGUUUCCUAUCAUCCAUGCCCCUCGUUUCCCCCCUUUGUACGUUCAGCCUCUUCCCUCCCUGCCCCUCCCUUCCUCCCCCCCUGCCCUUUGCUCUCCCCUCCCCCUGCCCGUUGCUGCCCCUCCCCUUGCCCCCUCAACUCCCCUGCCCCCCGUACACCCCAAGUCCCAUCCAACCGCCCCCACCCUCCCCCGGCUGCCCGUUUCCGCUCUCCACCCCCGCGACCGUGUGCGGCUUCCAACCGCCCAACGGUGGUGCGCACGGGGCGUUUCUUCGCAUGGGCAAGCCUCCCCGGGGGCCCCCCACCCCGCUGGGUCGUUUACCGCCGCGCUCUGCCCGUGCGUCACCCUUGCCCACUUCAUACCACCUCCCCCUUCUCCCCCCCCCCCGGCUUCUCCCUAUCAUCACCCGCAUGUUCCCCCACUCCCCUGUCCACAACGUCCCUCCACCCCCCUUCCUGCUUUCCCCACUCCCACUCUGCCCCCCACACCUCUACGAGCCGUACUUCCCCCUCCAGCCUCCCUUUCCCCCCCAGCUACUUCCGCAUCCAGCGUGGGCUGCACCUCUGCAUCCCGCCCUGCCAGGCCCUUCGGUGACCCAACUGCCGCCACCUGGCACCACGCCGCCUUUCCCACCCCCAUCCAAUCUCUACACCCCCUGCCCCUGCUCCCUGCGCAAUCCAGCCACCUACCCCAGCCUCCCUCUACCUCUCCCUAACUCCACACCGCCGUUCCUACCCCCAGCCAAGGUCUACACCCCUUGCUUUUGCUCCCUGGGCUGUGCCGUCCCCAACCUCCCUCCGCCUUUCCGCGGCACCAGACCGCCUCUCCCUCCCCCAGCCAACUUUUGCACCCCCUGUUCCUGCCCCUUGUGCCCUCCAACACCCUACCUCAACCCCCCCCAGUCUCCCCCUUCUCCAACACCCUCCAUAUUUCCUCCCCCCUGGGGCUCGCCCAUCCGCAGCUAUCACCCUUCAUCGAUUCCCCAAUUCCCUCUGUCCCCUGUUUCCCGGCCCCGCAUCCUAUCCUGCAUUUACCACAGCACCUCCUUUCGGUGCCCUCUCUGCCCUCCCACGUUCUCACCCCCCGCCUCCCAACCUUCUCAUUACCCGCUACCAGGCUCACGCCAACUCGACUACCCACUACCCUUUGCCCCUUCCUCUCUGUUCCCCACCCUUCCUUUCCCACCUGGCUCCACCUGCCCACCCCCACCUCCCGUGGAAUUCUGCCCUGCCCUCCCCACCUCUGGCCCACCACCUGUCCCCACACCCUGCUCACCCACCGCUACACCACCCCCGCCCCCCCACCUCCACUACAGCCCGCCAACACUUCCCCUCUCAAUCGGCCCCCAGCCCGCCCCCCCCUUGGGCCCCAAUCCCCUCCAACUGUCAGGCCCCCUCUACCCUCUCUUCCACCCACUGCGCACCGCUUUCCCCACCCUUUUCCCCUUUCCCCAAGCUAACCCCCCGCACCCCGGCCUCUGCCAGGGAGUUCCUUCCCCCUUUGACGCCCUCUUGAGCCAACCCCAGCAACUCACACCGCCACCGCCAGGCAUGCUGCCUCUAGCCAGGGGGGAACUUGCAGCUGACACUGCACGGGAAGGGGUAAGUGAGUUUGUGUGUGAAGGAGCAGCAGAGGCUACAGAGGAUGGGGCAGCAAAGGCUGCACGGGAAGGGGCAAUGGGGGUUGUGGGGGAAGGGGCAGCAGAGGCUGCAGAGGAAAGGGCAGCAGAGGCUGCAAGGGAAGGGGCAGCAGCGGCUGCACGGGAAAGGGCGGCAGGGGCUGCACGGGAAGGGGCGGCAGGGACCGUGACUCUGGCCAGGCAAAGGGCAGAGGCCAUGGAGACAGGUUUUGCAGGAGUAGGGGCCACGGAACCUGCUGCUGUGUCGGCUGGGGGAACCGCAGCAGAGGAGGCUAUAGGGACCGCACCAGUCGAGGCUGCAAGGACUGCAGCAGGAGCGACAGAGGCCACAGCGGGGGCUGGUAUAGGGGGAGGUGCUACGGGUGCAGCGGGGAAGGGGGUAACGGGGACUGGUGCGAGGGAGAGUGCCGCCCCGGCUGUAGCAAGAGAGGGUACGGCAGGGGCCUCAAAGGCAGAAGGUGAGGCUGCAGCUGAAGCAGCAGGGAGGGCCAUAGCACGGCCAGUAGGGGCGGCAGGGGCCGCAGCAAACUCGGGGAAACACACAGCAGGGCCGGCAGGGCCGGCAGAGACUGCAAAAGGGGCUAGCAGUAAAGCGGCAGCAGGCGGGGUGGGCUUGGGGGACAUAGGGGCAACAGGGGAAGGAGAGGGGAGGGUGGUCCCGACCGGGGUGGGCACUGAAGAGGGGGAUGUGAUAGCGAUAGAGGAGGAUGAGGGAGAGGAUGUGAUGCACAUUGACGGGCCACUGGCCCAAUACCUCACGCUUGACGGUGAGGCCGACCCGGCCCCCCUGCAGCCUCACGUCGAGGUUCCCCCUCUACCCCCCAUGCCCGUCCCCAUGCUAGCAGAAGGACCGAUGGAGGGGCUGGGGGAGACCUUGAGGACAGAGCCGCGCGAGGGAGCCCCCAUCCUCACCUCCCGUCCUCCAGCCCACCAGCCCCCAGGAGCACCACUUCCCCACCCCCACCCUCAGGUCCCGGUAGUGUCCAGGGGGGCAGCCAAGGCCCUGGCCUUCUUGGCGGAGCCGUGCUCCCCGACCCCCACGCUGCUCCAUGGCCAGCCCCCCUCUCCGUCCCCAACGCCUGACCCCACGGUUGCAGGCGGUCCACCGGGAGAGCACGCGGGUGCGACAAGAGCAGAGUCACCCGAGGGCACCCCUUCUCUCACCUCUCACCCCUCCCCGCCCCUUCCCUCACUCCUUCCUUCACCCCCAAGGGCAGCACACCUCUGCCCCCACCCUCAGGGGCUCCUUAGAGCACCACGUGGAGCAGCCAGGGCUCUGGUCUUCCUAGAGGAGCCAUGCUCCCCGACUCCUACCAACACCCAGCCACCCCUUACCGGCCCACUACCCCCUCCUCCACCAGGCCCCCCCCCACCCGGUAGUACACACAUCUCGGAGGUUGAAGCAUCUCUGCGGCCAAAUCCCUCUCCCACACGCUACAGGCACCCAAACCACCCGAGUCGCCGCACAGCCCCAACACGCCCACCCAACAGGCUGCCCUCCCCACACCACCCCCCCCAGGCAGCCGAGACCCACCCGCAAGGGCUUGCGCCCCAGGCUCAUGGGAGCGGCGGCACCCGGGUAGAGGGGCCCACAGGAGAGGCCACCACAGAGCCCACACAAAUCUCUCUCCCCCCACCGUUUGUACCUCGCUCUAACCUCCACACUGGCCCAGCCCCUCGACCCCCACCUCCAACCCCCUCUCCCGGCCGGGUUCCCCACGAGUGGCCCCGUUGGGCAGCCAUCACCCCCCACACACAGCUUGCCCGAUCUGUUCCCACGGAGGGGGAUGUUUCGAGGAGAGUGGGGAUGCACACAGAGCACCCCCUGCCUGGCGAACCACCCAUCCUCCCUCCACCCACCCCUUUGGCCCCACAGCCCCCCCUUCCUUCACAAACAGGCGCGGACAACCAGGUUGGCCGCCGGCGGAAGAACAGGGGCAGAGGAGGCAGAGGGUCAGCCCACGUACUCCCCCCUCCCUCCCUCCCCCACCAAGAGCCCCUCCCCACCUCACAUCCCGUUGAACAAUUACCAGGCCCUACCUCUACAGCCCGUCCACCAAACCUACACUCCCGCCCCGCUCCUGCACCUCCACAGGGCCAUGGGAGCGGACCAGCCCACUCACCCCCAUUCUGCCCCUCCCGUGCUGUGUCCCCCUCCCAGGUGGCGGCGGCCGCGAUCGCUACUGGGAGGGGGGCCGUCGGGUUGAGGGAUGCGCCCAUGGCAGACGCCACCGACUCCCCCUCCCAUCCCUCCCACCCCUUCCAUGUCGACGACCCCCUACCGCAACCCAUGGUGAUUGGGGAGGGCCAAGGGGGCCUUCUAGGGCAGGGUCCACACCCGAGCUCCGCUCAGCCAGCACGCCCCACUCCACCCUCUACCCUGCCAGCCCUCCUACUCUCACCUACAGGCAGGCAGGUCUUCGAGACCCCAGAGGAGGUGAGGGCUGGCAUUUCAGAUUUGCUGGCGAUACACCGCCUGAGCAGCUCUCCGGCUGCCCCCACCCUUCCAGUCCCACAGGACCGGACCCGGACGUAUGCGGAGGUCACCCGGUCUGUCCCUUCUUUUAUCCCCCCCGCCACUCAGCCAGGCGCGUCACUCCCGACCCCAAUGGAGACGGACCGGGGUCUGAGGCCGUGUCACUCGCACCUAGACGGGGUGGCGCCUCCCCCCGUUCAGCCCGUGGCGCAGGAGGUCACCAGCAGUAGGGAUGAGGCAUCCGCCCCUACCGAGACCCCUCCGCCUGGGGUAGCAGAGCCGUCACUUGAACCGCACCCCGCCGAGGGGCAGGAGCACACCACGGCACACACUUCAGGCUCACCUCCACGUCCCCCCUCCCCAGCUUCAACACCGGUGCCGGCACGAGGCCCGGCCCUAUCCUGUGCGACACCACCUCUAUCUUCGCUGACACCCCCCCCGCGCGGGGCUGGUGAGUCGUCUCCUCCCCUCAUCCCAGGCGAUCCUGUCGGAGCUCAGGCCGCCCACGGGGUCCCCUCUACAGCCAGUUCCGACGCCACGGCCCCGAUUGACCCCGCCGACACGGCGACAUCACCCGACCAGGUCGUGAGUUGCCCCACCUGCAGGAGCUCUCUCGCGAACCGACGCGCGCUCCAGCACCACAUUCCCUUCUGCCAUCCUGCGGACGCGGCUCGCAGGGCGCAGGCUGCCCAUGAUACCGCCUCGAUCAUCCCUUCCCUCUCACAGCCCCGUGCGACCGGGAUGCAGUUCACCGACGCACAGUGGCAGACGCUCGACUCGGUGGACUGGACAGAGUACUUCUCGCCCGAGCGUAUCCAUACACGCCCUCUCCGACGUGUCCCGGAGAGGGUCCGCGGAGGAUAUCUUGACGUCCUCAGUGCGAUCCUAGUCCGCAUUGCCCAGGACCCGGAGGCUGCUGGCCCUACCUUCCUCCUCGCUGCAGCGCCGACUCUUUUCCUUGUUCCAGCGACGCCACCCGACCGCUCGCACACGGCUGCCAUUGCAACGCGCAUCUCUCGCUUUGGUCGAGGUGAGUGGGCUGAGCUAGUCUCAGAUGCACUAGGCCGUCGCACACCCCUUCCUCGCCGCACAGGUCACCGGUCACGCACCGCCACCGAUCCCUCUGCAGCAGAUGAGCGCCGCAUUGCACGUUGCCUUCGUCUGGCAGCGUGCAAUGAGACCUCACGGGCGUGCGCGGCUCUCGAGUCCGCGGAGGCAGCCCCAGAUACACAGGGGACGAUACAGCGCCUGCAGUCGAAGCACCCCAACGCGGAGAGGCCGACCCCAGCUUGGCUGUCUGGCUUCCAGGGGUCCCCUCUCGUGCUCUCGGUGGAUCACUUACGCCGCGCGAUUUUCACAGCUCCGCGGGGCUCUUCGGGAGGACCGUCCGGUUGGGUCGCUGAGCACCUGCGAGACACUUUCCUAGCUUUCCCUCAGAGUCUCCAUUUCCUCCUGGCCGUGUACCAGCAGUGGCUCCGAGGCCGUUGCGCUCCAGCUGCGCGCUCCUUGCUAGCGUCCUCCACCCUCGUGGCUCUGGCGAAGUCGAACAUGGAUGUUCGGCCGAUUGCCAUCGGCGAGGUUUUGGUCCGCAUUCUUUCUCGGGCAGUUUGUCUCCAGCUACGUGACCAGAUGGCGAGGGUCUUCUUGGCAUCACAGCAGUUUGGGGUGGGGGUUACGUGCGGGACAGAGGUCGUAGUUAGAGGCGUCCGCCGCGCUCUGGCUGACCACCCAGACUGGGUGGUCCUGCAGCUAGACGUGGCGAAUGCCUUUAACUCUUUCCACCGAGACAGGAUGUUUCAGGCGCUGCAGGCCAGUCCGGAGUUUCAGUGUCUGAUCCCCUUCAUCGGCCUCUUCUACGGGACGCCCUCGGAUCUCCACUACAGGUCAGGCACGGGAGUGGUCACGAUGCACUCGGAGCGGGGCACUCGCCAGGGAGACCCUCUCAGCCCCUUCUUGUACGCUCUGACACAGCGUCUUGCUUUGGAGCCGGUUCUGGCGGAGGGGGAUGUCCAGCUCUGGUCGUACGCCGAUGACACGUACGUGCUAGGUCCCCCAGACAGGGUGCUGCACCAUUUUGCCGAGAUCGUGAGGCGCUUGGGCGAGAUGGGCCUUGCAGCCCAGCCGCACAAGUGCCUCGUCUACCAGACAGAGUCCUUUCUGUCCAGGGAUCUGGAGGCUUUCACGGGCCUAGGGAUCGAGGUCGCACGCCGAGGGCUCACCGUGACAGGCGUACCGGUAGGCACCGUUUCGUUCGUGGAGCAGAGUCUCCCGGAUCGUCUCGAGAGGAUGGGGCGGGUGCUACCUUGGCUUCCGAGGUUGCGCCAGCCCCAGACAGCUGCCCGCCUUCUUUCGGCGUGUGUCAGCACUCGUCCGCAGUACCUGUCGAGGACCGUCCCUCCUUCGCCCGCAGUGAUCUCCAGUUUUACACGGUGGGACGCACGCCUGGGAGAGACUUUUCAGCAGCUUUUAGCUUCAGGGACCUGGGCUUGUCGCGAGGACGUCCGAGAGGCCGCCCUAGACCAGAUCUUCCUCCCCAUCCGUCUCGGGGGUUUCGGCAUUCGUCGCAUGGCGCGCAUGGCCCCGGUGAGUUUCGUGUGCUCCUGGGUGCAGUGUGCACCCAUUCUCUGUUCUCUCCCUGCGUGUGGCGAGGUGUUUCGGCAGAGCUUCGCUUCAGGUGAGCCAGAGCAGAUCGACCGGGCUCUGCAGACGGCGCUAGAGGGUCUCCCUCCUGACGUUCUCUCUCUCCUUCCCCCCUGGCCCUCUUGCGCUUCUGCCUCCCCCGAUUCCCUUUUUGCAGGAGCGAGCCGUCUUCUGGAGGCGCAUGCCUUGGAGGCCGUGCGUGCCCGUCACACCUCUCCCUUGCACCUUGCCCGUUUGACUUCCCUUCAGGGCGGAGGUGCAGGAGCGUGGUUGACGUCGGUGCCGUACGCCGACCCACUGCGCAUCCCGGAGGCGCUGUGGCAGGCGGCUUCAUCUUCUCGUCUUGGUCUCCCUAUCCCCCAGUUAGCCCUUGCAGGUCAGUGCUCCUGCGGACAGGCGAUUGACGACAUGACGGUGCCUCAUCACGCGGUUCGGUGCCCGCGUUACGGGGUCGCCACUACCAUCCACGACACGGUGAAGUACAUGCUUCGAGACUUUGCGGUCGAGGCGGGCUUCGCGGUAAAGGUGGAGGACUCUACGCUGUUCACACAGUUGGAGGCGGCUCGAGCGAGACUACUGGGACAGCCAGUGGUGGGAGAGGGGACACGGGCUGAGGGACCGGGGGAGCGGAGAGGCGAGGCGGGACAGCCGGGUGGCGGGGGACAGUGGGGACGGCACCAGCUGCGGGGUCAGGUGGAGCGAGGGACAGGUGGGCAGAGGGGACGGCAGGGGGAGCAGACGGGCCAGGACGGGGAGGGGGGACGGCACAGGCAGCAGCAGGAGAGCCAGUGGAGGCCGCGGGCCCAGGGCGCCGCGCCUCCAGGUUCGGCCUCGGGGGCGGGGCAGGGGCGGGAGCAGCAGAGAGCGGACGGAGGUACAGGAGGGGCAGCGGGAUUGGGAGGGGAGGGCCAGGGAGUGAGAGAGGCAGCAGGGGAUGGAGCAGGGGGGUCGGGAGGUUUGGGGGAGGGUAGGGAGGGGGAGGGGAGAGGACAGGUGGAUGGAGGAGAGGAGAGGGGGAGAGAGACGAUCGGAGAGGGGGCACCAAGGGACCAGACAGGGCAGCAGCCAGCGCAACAGCAGGGACCAGUCGGACGCACAGGCCGUGUAGGCACCGCCUCCCGCAUUCCAGACCUCACCUGCCGCGACGUUGGCCAGGGUCUGAUGGUUCUUGUGGAUGUCUCCAUAGCGGAUCCACAGCGGGAGGGGAACGUGCAGCUGAGACGGGCGACCCCCACACAGAUUGGAGUGGCAGCAGCUAGGCGGGUGCAGGAGAAGCUGCGUCACUGGGGGCCGCACUUAGAGGGGCUGCAGCCGGCACCACACUUUUACGCGUGCGUGGCGGAGACCUUUGGCCUUCUGAGUGAGCCGCUGCGUCAGUUUCUGGGGCUCUGCGCAAAGAGGAUAGCACAGCGGAGGAGGGAUAGAGGUGGGGGGGAUGACGGAUCGGCACGGAUAUUUGAGGCAGGACUCACUACACGCCUCUCCGUUGCACUGCAGCGCGCGCAGGCUCAAUGCAUGAUCCAGCAUGCGUCACACCCCCUGCCCCCUCAUGCCAUCCGCUCCCCCCGCCCCUACCCUCCGCGUGCCCGCUCCCUUGCCGCCUCUUUUGACCCUCCCUGCCCCCCCUCGCCGUUUCCCACCGCCCGCCAUUCGCUCCUCCCCGCCCGUGCGCUCCCCUCCUUUACCUUCUCCUCCCCCCUCCCCUCCUCUGCUGCACGCCUCUUCCUUCCCCUCGCCGACCCACUCCACUCCCUGCCCCUCCUCAAUCCGCACCCUGCCCCUCGUAUCUCGCCCCCCUAUGCUUGGUUUCUCCCCUCCCUGCCCCUCGCCGCCUUUCCCCGCUCCCCACCUCCCCCCUCUCCCUGCCCCCCCCACUCUCCCCCCCCCCUUGUCCUUGGCUUCCUACCUCCCUGCCUCACCUUUCCCCCCUCCGUGUGCUCAGCUUCUCCCCUCCCUGCCCCUCCCUCCUCCCCGCCCUGCCCCUCAUUUUCCGCCCCCCCCCCCCCCCACGCCCGGUUUCUCCCCUCCCCGCGCCUCCCUUUCUUUCUCCGUGCCUCUCCUUUGCUCCCUCCCUGCCCCCGCCUGCCCAUGCCCCUGUCUUUGGCUUCUCCCCUCCCUGCCCCACGUUUCUUCCCUCCCUGCCCCCCGUCUGCCCCUCCCUUGUUUUCCCCUCACCCAUUGCUUCUCUCCUCCCUGCCCUUGAUUUCCCACACCCCUGCCCUCGUUUCCUAUCAUCCAUGCCCCUCGUUUCCCCCCUUUCCCCUGCCCGUUGCUGCCCCUCCCCUUGCCCCCUCAACUCCCCUGCCCCCCGUACACCCCAAGUCCCAUCCAACCGCCCCCACCCUCCCCCGGCUGCCCGUUUCCGCUCUCCACCCCCGCGACCGUGUGCGGCUUCCAACCGCCCAACGGUGGUGCGCACGGGGCUCACACCCCCUGCCCCCUCAUGCCAUCCGCUCCCCCCGCCCCUACCCUCCGCGUGCCCGCUCCCUUGCCGCCUCUUUUGACCCUCCCUGCCCCCCCUCGCCGUUUCCCACCGCCCGCCAUUCGCUCCUCCCCGCCCGUGCGCUCCCCUCCUUUACCUUCUCCUCCCCCCUCCCCUCCUCUGCUGCACGCCUCUUCCUUCCCCUCGCCGACCCACUCCACUCCCUGCCCCUCCUCAAUCCGCACCCUGCCCCUCGUAUCUCGCCCCCCUAUGCUUGGUUUCUCCCCUCCCUGCCCCUCGCCGCCUUUCCCCGCUCCCCACCUCCCCCCUCUCCCUGCCCCCCCCACUCUCCCCCCCCCCUUGUCCUUGGCUUCCUACCUCCCUGCCUCACCUUUCCCCCCUCCGUGUGCUCAGCUUCUCCCCUCCCUGCCCCUCCCUCCUCCCCGCCCUGCCCCUCAUUUUCCGCCCCCCCCCCCCCACGCCCGGUUUCUCCCCUCCCCGCGCCUCCCUUUCUUUCUCCGUGCCUCUCCUUUGCUCCCUCCCUGCCCCCGCCUGCCCAUGCCCCUGUCUUUGGCUUCUCCCCUCCCUGCCCCACGUUUCUUCCCUCCCUGCCCCCCGUCUGCCCCUCCCUUGUUUUCCCCUCACCCAUUGCUUCUCUCCUCCCUGCCCUUGAUUUCCCACACCCCUGCCCUCGUUUCCUAUCAUCCAUGCCCCUCGUUUCCCCCCUUUGUACGUUCAGCCUCUUCCCUCCCUGCCCCUCCCUUCCUCCCCCCCUGCCCUUUGCUCUCCCCUCCCCCUGCCCGUUGCUGCCCCUCCCCUUGCCCCCUCAACUCCCCUGCCCCCCGUACACCCCAAGUCCCAUCCAACCGCCCCCACCCUCCCCCGGCUGCCCGUUUCCGCUCUCCACCCCCGCGACCGUGUGCGGCUUCCAACCGCCCAACGGUGGUGCGCACGGGGCUCACACCCCCUGCCCCCUCAUGCCAUCCGCUCCCCCCGCCCCUACCCUCCGCGUGCCCGCUCCCUUGCCGCCUCUUUUGACCCUCCCUGCCCCCCCUCGCCGUUUCCCACCGCCCGCCAUUCGCUCCUCCCCGCCCGUGCGCUCCCCUCCUUUACCUUCUCCUCCCCCCUCCCCUCCUCUGCUGCACGCCUCUUCCUUCCCCUCGCCGACCCACUCCACUCCCUGCCCCUCCUCAAUCCGCACCCUGCCCCUCGUAUCUCGCCCCCCUAUGCUUGCGCUCUCCCCCCCCCUUGUCCUUGGCUUCCUACCUCCCUGCCUCACCUUUCCCCCCUCCGUGUGCUCAGCUUCUCCCCUCCCUGCCCCUCCCUCCUCCCCGCCCUGCCCCUCAUUUUCCGCCCCCCCCCCCCCACGCCCGGUUUCUCCCCUCCCCGCGCCUCCCUUUCUUUCUCCGUGCCUCUCCUUUGCUCCCUCCCUGCCCCCGCCUGCCCAUGCCCCUGUCUUUGGCUUCUCCCCUCCCUGCCCCACGUUUCUUCCCUCCCUGCCCCCCGUCUGCCCCUCCCUUGUUUUCCCCUCACCCAUUGCUUCUCUCCUCCCUGCCCUUGAUUUCCCACACCCCUGCCCUCGUUUCCUAUCAUCCAUGCCCCUCGUUUCCCCCCUUUGUACGUUCAGCCUCUUCCCUCCCUGCCCCUCCCUUCCUCCCCCCCUGCCCUUUGCUCUCCCCUCGUUACGCUCCCUUCUCCCCAUCCCUGCUGCCCUCUUACCACCAUCAGCCCAUCCCCACGACCAGCCCCCCUCCCACCCUUCAAUCCCCCCCUCCCUCUCUCUCUCUCUCUCUCUCUCUCUCUCUCUUUCUCACACACACACACACACGCACACUCCCCUCCCCCACCCCCCCCACCUACAUCCUCCCAUUCUGCCCCUCCCUGCCCCUUUCCCACCCCCUCGCACGCCCCUCACCUCCCACCUCCGUGCAACUGGUUUCCCCCCUAUGGUGCCACCCUUGCAUCGCUCGCCCCUCUGCUCACCCUCUGCCCGCCCCUUUUCCGUGCCCUCAGUUGGCCCAGCCCCUGCCCGUUGCUGCCCCUCCCCUUGCCCCCUCAACUCCCCUGCCCCCCGUACACCCCAAGUCCCAUCCAACCGCCCCCACCCUCCCCCGGCUGCCCGUUUCCGCUCUCCACCCCCGCGACCGUGUGCGGCUUCCAACCGCCCAACGGUGGUGCGCACGGGGCGUUUCUUCGCAUGGGCAAGCCUCCCCGGGGGCCCCCCACCCCGCUGGGUCGUUUCACACCCCCUGCCCCCUCAUGCCAUCCGCUCCCCCCGCCCCUACCCUCCGCGUGCCCGCUCCCUUGCCGCCUCUUUUGACCCUCCCUGCCCCCCCUCGCCGUUUCCCACCGCCCGCCAUUCGCUCCUCCCCGCCCGUGCGCUCCCCUCCUUUACCUUCUCCUCCCCCCUCCCCUCCUCUGCUGCACGCCUCUUCCUUCCCCUCGCCGACCCACUCCACUCCCUGCCCCUCCUCAAUCCGCACCCUGCCCCUCGUAUCUCGCCCCCCUAUGCUUGGUUUCUCCCCUCCCUGCCCCUCGCCGCCUUUCCCCGCUCCCCACCUCCCCCCUCUCCCUGCCCCCCCCACUCUCCCCCCCCCUUGUCCUUGGCUUCCUACCUCCCUGCCUCACCUUUCCCCCCUCCGUGUGCUCAGCUUCUCCCCUCCCUGCCCCUCCCUCCUCCCCGCCCUGCCCCUCAUUUUCCGCCCCCCCCCCCCCACGCCCGGUUUCUCCCCUCCCCGCGCCUCCCUUUCUUUCUCCGUGCCUCUCCUUUGCUCCCUCCCUGCCCCCGCCUGCCCAUGCCCCUGUCUUUGGCUUCUCCCCUCCCUGCCCCACGUUUCUUCCCUCCCUGCCCCCCGUCUGCCCCUCCCUUGUUUUCCCCUCACCCAUUGCUUCUCUCCUCCCUGCCCUUGAUUUCCCACACCCCUGCCCUCGUUUCCUAUCAUCCAUGCCCCUCGUUUCCCCCCUUUCCCCUGCCCGUUGCUGCCCCUCCCCUUGCCCCCUCAACUCCCCUGCCCCCCGUACACCCCAAGUCCCAUCCAACCGCCCCCACCCUCCCCCGGCUGCCCGUUUCCGCUCUCCACCCCCGCGACCGUGUGCGGCUUCCAACCGCCCAACGGUGUCACACCCCCUGCCCCCUCAUGCCAUCCGCUCCCCCCGCCCCUACCCUCCGCGUGCCCGCUCCCUUGCCGCCUCUUUUGACCCUCCCUGCCCCCCCUCGCCGUUUCCCACCGCCCGCCAUUCGCUCCUCCCCGCCCGUGCGCUCCCCUCCUUUACCUUCUCCUCCCCCCUCCCCUCCUCUGCUGCACGCCUCUUCCUUCCCCUCGCCGACCCACUCCACUCCCUGCCCCUCCUCAAUCCGCACCCUGCCCCUCGUAUCUCGCCCCCCUAUGCUUGGUUUCUCCCCUCCCUGCCCCUCGCCGCCUUUCCCCGCUCCCCACCUCCCCCCUCUCCCUGCCCCCCCCACUCUCCCCCCCCCUUGUCCUUGGCUUCCUACCUCCCUGCCUCACCUUUCCCCCCUCCGUGUGCUCAGCUUCUCCCCUCCCUGCCCCUCCCUCCUCCCCGCCCUGCCCCUCAUUUUCCGCCCCCCCCCCCCACGCCCGGUUUCUCCCCUCCCCGCGCCUCCCUUUCUUUCUCCGUGCCUCUCCUUUGCUCCCUCCCUGCCCCCGCCUGCCCAUGCCCCUGUCUUUGGCUUCUCCCCUCCCUGCCCCACGUUUCUUCCCUCCCUGCCCCCCGUCUGCCCCUCCCUUGUUUUCCCCUCACCCAUUGCUUCUCUCCUCCCUGCCCUUGAUUUCCCACACCCCUGCCCUCGUUUCCUAUCAUCCAUGCCCCUCCCCCUGCCCGUUGCUGCCCCUCCCCUUGCCCCCUCAACUCCCCUGCCCCCCGUACACCCCAAGUCCCAUCCAACCGCCCCCACCCUCCCCCGGCUGCCCGUUUCCGCUCUCCACCCCCGCGACCGUGUGCGGCUUCCAACCGCCCAACGGUGGUGCGCACGGGGCUCACACCCCCUGCCCCCUCAUGCCAUCCGCUCCCCCCGCCCCUACCCUCCGCGUGCCCGCUCCCUUGCCGCCUCUUUUGACCCUCCCUGCCCCCCCUCGCCGUUUCCCACCGCCCGCCAUUCGCUCCUCCCCGCCCGUGCGCUCCCCUCCUUUACCUUCUCCUCCCCCCUCCCCUCCUCUGCUGCACGCCUCUUCCUUCCCCUCGCCGACCCACUCCACUCCCUGCCCCUCCUCAAUCCGCACCCUGCCCCUCGUAUCUCGCCCCCCUAUGCUUGGUUUCUCCCCUCCCUGCCCCUCGCCGCCUUUCCCCGCUCCCCACCUCCCCCCUCUCCCUGCCCCCCCCACUCUCCCCCCCCCUUGUCCUUGGCUUCCUACCUCCCUGCCUCACCUUUCCCCCCUCCGUGUGCUCAGCUUCUCCCCUCCCUGCCCCUCCCUCCUCCCCGCCCUGCCCCUCAUUUUCCGCCCCCCCCCCCCCACGCCCGGUUUCUCCCCUCCCCGCGCCUCCCUUUCUUUCUCCGUGCCUCUCCUUUGCUCCCUCCCUGCCCCCGCCUGCCCAUGCCCCUGUCUUUGGCUUCUCCCCUCCCUGCCCCACGUUUCUUCCCUCCCUGCCCCCCGUCUGCCCCUCCCUUGUUUUCCCCUCACCCAUUGCUUCUCUCCUCCCUGCCCUUGAUUUCCCACACCCCUGCCCUCGUUUCCUAUCAUCCAUGCCCCUCGUUUCCCCCCUUUGUACGUUCAGCCUCUUCCCUCCCUGCCCCUCCCUUCCUCCCCCCCUGCCCUUUGCUCUCCCCUCGUUACGCUCCCUUCUCCCCAUCCCUGCUGCCCUCUUACCACCAUCAGCCCAUCCCCACGACCAGCCCCCCUCCCACCCUUCAAUCCCCCCCUCCCUCUCUCUCUCUCUCUCUCUCUCUCUCUCUCUUUCUCACACACACACACACACGCACACUCCCCUCCCCCACCCCCCCCACCUACAUCCUCCCAUUCUGCCCCUCCCUGCCCCUUUCCCACCCCCUCGCACGCCCCUCACCUCCCACCUCCGUGCAACUGGUUUCCCCCCUAUGGUGCCACCCUUGCAUCGCUCGCCCCUCUGCUCACCCUCUGCCCGCCCCUUUUCCGUGCCCUCAGUUGGCCCAGCCCCUGCCCGUUGCUGCCCCUCCCCUUGCCCCCUCAACUCCCCUGCCCCCCGUACACCCCAAGUCCCAUCCAACCGCCCCCACCCUCCCCCGGCUGCCCGUUUCCGCUCUCCACCCCCGCGACCGUGUGCGGCUUCCAACCGCCCAACGGUGGUGCGCACGGGGCGUUUCUUCGCAUGGGCAAGCCUCCCCGGGGGCCCCCCACCCCGCUGGGGUCGUUUCACACCCCCUGCCCCCUCAUGCCAUCCGCUCCCCCCGCCCCUACCCUCCGCGUGCCCGCUCCCUUGCCGCCUCUUUUGACCCUCCCUGCCCCCCCUCGCCGUUUCCCACCGCCCGCCAUUCGCUCCUCCCCGCCCGUGCGCUCCCCUCCUUUACCUUCUCCUCCCCCCUCCCCUCCUCUGCUGCACGCCUCUUCCUUCCCCUCGCCGACCCACUCCACUCCCUGCCCCUCCUCAAUCCGCACCCUGCCCCUCGUAUCUCGCCCCCCUAUGCUUGGUUUCUCCCCUCCCUGCCCCUCGCCGCCUUUCCCCGCUCCCCACCUCCCCCCUCUCCCUGCCCCCCCCACUCUCCCCCCCCCCUUGUCCUUGGCUUCCUACCUCCCUGCCUCACCUUUCCCCCCUCCGUGUGCUCAGCUUCUCCCCUCCCUGCCCCUCCCUCCUCCCCGCCCUGCCCCUCAUUUUCCGCCCCCCCCCCCCCACGCCCGGUUUCUCCCCUCCCCGCGCCUCCCUUUCUUUCUCCGUGCCUCUCCUUUGCUCCCUCCCUGCCCCCGCCUGCCCAUGCCCCUGUCUUUGGCUUCUCCCCUCCCUGCCCCACGUUUCUUCCCUCCCUGCCCCCCGUCUGCCCCUCCCUUGUUUUCCCCUCACCCAUUGCUUCUCUCCUCCCUGCCCUUGAUUUCCCACACCCCUGCCCUCGUUUCCUAUCAUCCAUGCCCCUCGUUUCCCCCCUUUGUACGUUCAGCCUCUUCCCUCCCUGCCCCUCCCUUCCUCCCCCCCUGCCCUUUGCUCUCCCCUCGUUACGCUCCCUUCUCCCCAUCCCUGCUGCCCUCUUACCACCAUCAGCCCAUCCCCACGACCAGCCCCCCUCCCACCCUUCAAUCCCCCCCUCCCUCUCUCUCUCUCUCUCUCUCUCUCUCUCUCUCUCUUUCUCACACACACACACACACGCACACUCCCCUCCCCCACCCCCCCCACCUACAUCCUCCCAUUCUGCCCCUCCCUGCCCCUUUCCCACCCCCUCGCACGCCCCUCACCUCCCACCUCCGUGCAACUGGUUUCCCCCCUAUGGUGCCACCCUUGCAUCGCUCGCCCCUCUGCUCACCCUCUGCCCGCCCCUUUUCCGUGCCCUCAGUUGGCCCAGCCCCUGCCCGUUGCUGCCCCUCCCCUUGCCCCCUCAACUCCCCUGCCCCCCGUACACCCCAAGUCCCAUCCAACCGCCCCCACCCUCCCCCGGCUGCCCGUUUCCGCUCUCCACCCCCGCGACCGUGUGCGGCUUCCAACCGCCCAACGGUGGUGCGCACGGGGCUCACACCCCCUGCCCCCUCAUGCCAUCCGCUCCCCCCGCCCCUACCCUCCGCGUGCCCGCUCCCUUGCCGCCUCUUUUGACCCUCCCUGCCCCCCCUCGCCGUUUCCCACCGCCCGCCAUUCGCUCCUCCCCGCCCGUGCGCUCCCCUCCUUUACCUUCUCCUCCCCCCUCCCCUCCUCUGCUGCACGCCUCUUCCUUCCCCUCGCCGACCCACUCCACUCCCUGCCCCUCCUCAAUCCGCACCCUGCCCCUCGUAUCUCGCCCCCCUAUGCUUGGUUUCUCCCCUCCCUGCCCCUCGCCGCCUUUCCCCGCUCCCCACCUCCCCCCUCUCCCUGCCCCCCCCACUCUCCCCCCCCCUUGUCCUUGGCUUCCUACCUCCCUGCCUCACCUUUCCCCCCUCCGUGUGCUCAGCUUCUCCCCUCCCUGCCCCUCCCUCCUCCCCGCCCUGCCCCUCAUUUUCCGCCCCCCCCCCCCACGCCCGGUUUCUCCCCUCCCCGCGCCUCCCUUUCUUUCUCCGUGCCUCUCCUUUGCUCCCUCCCUGCCCCCGCCUGCCCAUGCCCCUGUCUUUGGCUUCUCCCCUCCCUGCCCCACGUUUCUUCCCUCCCUGCCCCCCGUCUGCCCCUCCCUUGUUUUCCCCUCACCCAUUGCUUCUCUCCUCCCUGCCCUUGAUUUCCCACACCCCUGCCCUCGUUUCCUAUCAUCCAUGCCCCUCGUUUCCCCCCUUUGUACGUUCAGCCUCUUCCCUCCCUGCCCCUCCCUUCCUCCCCCCCUGCCCUUUGCUCUCCCCUCCCCCUGCCCGUUGCUGCCCCUCCCCUUGCCCCCUCAACUCCCCUGCCCCCCGUACACCCCAAGUCCCAUCCAACCGCCCCCACCCUCCCCCGGCUGCCCGUUUCCGCUCUCCACCCCCGCGACCGUGUGCGGCUUCCAACCGCCCAACGGUGGUGCGCACGGGGCGUUUCUUCGCACUGGGCAAGCCUCCCCGGGGGCCCCCCACCCCGCUGGGUCGUUUCACACCCCCUGCCCCCUCAUGCCAUCCGCUCCCCCCGCCCCUACCCUCCGCGUGCCCGCUCCCUUGCCGCCUCUUUUGACCCUCCCUGCCCCCCCUCGCCGUUUCCCACCGCCCGCCAUUCGCUCCUCCCCGCCCGUGCGCUCCCCUCCUUUACCUUCUCCUCCCCCCUCCCCUCCUCUGCUGCACGCCUCUUCCUUCCCCUCGCCGACCCACUCCACUCCCUGCCCCUCCUCAAUCCGCACCCUGCCCCUCGUAUCUCGCCCCCCUAUGCUUGGUUUCUCCCCUCCCUGCCCCUCGCCGCCUUUCCCCGCUCCCCACCUCCCCCCUCUCCCUGCCCCCCCCACUCUCCCCCCCCCCUUGUCCUUGGCUUCCUACCUCCCUGCCUCACCUUUCCCCCCUCCGUGUGCUCAGCUUCUCCCCUCCCUGCCCCUCCCUCCUCCCCGCCCUGCCCCUCAUUUUCCGCCCCCCCCCCCCCACGCCCGGUUUCUCCCCUCCCCGCGCCUCCCUUUCUUUCUCCGUGCCUCUCCUUUGCUCCCUCCCUGCCCCCGCCUGCCCAUGCCCCUGUCUUUGGCUUCUCCCCUCCCUGCCCCACGUUUCUUCCCUCCCUGCCCCCCGUCUGCCCCUCCCUUGUUUUCCCCUCACCCAUUGCUUCUCUCCUCCCUGCCCUUGAUUUCCCACACCCCUGCCCUCGUUUCCUAUCAUCCAUGCCCCUCGUUUCCCCCCUUUCCCCUGCCCGUUGCUGCCCCUCCCCUUGCCCCCUCAACUCCCCUGCCCCCCGUACACCCCAAGUCCCAUCCAACCGCCCCCACCCUCCCCCGGCUGCCCGUUUCCGCUCUCCACCCCCGCGACCGUGUGCGGCUUCCAACCGCCCAACGGUGUCACACCCCCUGCCCCCUCAUGCCAUCCGCUCCCCCCGCCCCUACCCUCCGCGUGCCCGCUCCCUUGCCGCCUCUUUUGACCCUCCCUGCCCCCCCUCGCCGUUUCCCACCGCCCGCCAUUCGCUCCUCCCCGCCCGUGCGCUCCCCUCCUUUACCUUCUCCUCCCCCCUCCCCUCCUCUGCUGCACGCCUCUUCCUUCCCCUCGCCGACCCACUCCACUCCCUGCCCCUCCUCAAUCCGCACCCUGCCCCUCGUAUCUCGCCCCCCUAUGCUUGGUUUCUCCCCUCCCUGCCCCUCGCCGCCUUUCCCCGCUCCCCACCUCCCCCCUCUCCCUGCCCCCCCCACUCUCCCCCCCCCUUGUCCUUGGCUUCCUACCUCCCUGCCUCACCUUUCCCCCCUCCGUGUGCUCAGCUUCUCCCCUCCCUGCCCCUCCCUCCUCCCCGCCCUGCCCCUCAUUUUCCGCCCCCCCCCCCCCCACGCCCGGUUUCUCCCCUCCCCGCGCCUCCCUUUCUUUCUCCGUGCCUCUCCUUUGCUCCCUCCCUGCCCCCGCCUGCCCAUGCCCCUGUCUUUGGCUUCUCCCCUCCCUGCCCCACGUUUCUUCCCUCCCUGCCCCCCGUCUGCCCCUCCCUUGUUUUCCCCUCACCCAUUGCUUCUCUCCUCCCUGCCCUUGAUUUCCCACACCCCUGCCCUCGUUUCCUAUCAUCCAUGCCCCUCGUUUCCCCCCUUUCCCCUGCCCGUUGCUGCCCCUCCCCUUGCCCCCUCAACUCCCCUGCCCCCCGUACACCCCAAGUCCCAUCCAACCGCCCCCACCCUCCCCCGGCUGCCCGUUUCCGCUCUCCACCCCCGCGACCGUGUGCGGCUUCCAACCGCCCAACGGUGUCACACCCCCUGCCCCCUCAUGCCAUCCGCUCCCCCCGCCCCUACCCUCCGCGUGCCCGCUCCCUUGCCGCCUCUUUUGACCCUCCCUGCCCCCCCUCGCCGUUUCCCACCGCCCGCCAUUCGCUCCUCCCCGCCCGUGCGCUCCCCUCCUUUACCUUCUCCUCCCCCCUCCCCUCCUCUGCUGCACGCCUCUUCCUUCCCCUCGCCGACCCACUCCACUCCCUGCCCCUCCUCAAUCCGCACCCUGCCCCUCGUAUCUCGCCCCCCUAUGCUUGGUUUCUCCCCUCCCUGCCCCUCGCCGCCUUUCCCCGCUCCCCACCUCCCCCCUCUCCCUGCCCCCCCCACUCUCCCCCCCCCUUGUCCUUGGCUUCCUACCUCCCUGCCUCACCUUUCCCCCCUCCGUGUGCUCAGCUUCUCCCCUCCCUGCCCCUCCCUCCUCCCCGCCCUGCCCCUCAUUUUCCGCCCCCCCCCCCCCACGCCCGGUUUCUCCCCUCCCCGCGCCUCCCUUUCUUUCUCCGUGCCUCUCCUUUGCUCCCUCCCUGCCCCCGCCUGCCCAUGCCCCUGUCUUUGGCUUCUCCCCUCCCUGCCCCACCCCCUGCCCGUUGCUGCCCCUCCCCUUGCCCCCUCAACUCCCCUGCCCCCCGUACACCCCAAGUCCCAUCCAACCGCCCCCACCCUCCCCCGGCUGCCCGUUUCCGCUCUCCACCCCCGCGACCGUGUGCGGCUUCCAACCGCCCAACGGUGUCACACCCCCUGCCCCCUCAUGCCAUCCGCUCCCCCCGCCCCUACCCUCCGCGUGCCCGCUCCCUUGCCGCCUCUUUUGACCCUCCCUGCCCCCCCUCGCCGUUUCCCACCGCCCGCCAUUCGCUCCUCCCCGCCCGUGCGCUCCCCUCCUUUACCUUCUCCUCCCCCCUCCCCUCCUCUGCUGCACGCCUCUUCCUUCCCCUCGCCGACCCACUCCACUCCCUGCCCCUCCUCAAUCCGCACCCUGCCCCUCGUAUCUCGCCCCCCUAUGCUUGGUUUCUCCCCUCCCUGCCCCUCGCCGCCUUUCCCCGCUCCCCACCUCCCCCCUCUCCCUGCCCCCCCCACUCUCCCCCCCCCUUGUCCUUGGCUUCCUACCUCCCUGCCUCACCUUUCCCCCCUCCGUGUGCUCAGCUUCUCCCCUCCCUGCCCCUCCCUCCUCCCCGCCCUGCCCCUCAUUUUCCGCCCCCCCCCCCCCCACGCCCGGUUUCUCCCCUCCCCGCGCCUCCCUUUCUUUCUCCGUGCCUCUCCUUUGCUCCCUCCCUGCCCCCGCCUGCCCAUGCCCCUGUCUUUGGCUUCUCCCCUCCCUGCCCCACGUUUCUUCCCUCCCUGCCCCCCGUCUGCCCCUCCCUUGUUUUCCCCUCACCCAUUGCUUCUCUCCUCCCUGCCCUUGAUUUCCCACACCCCUGCCCUCGUUUCCUAUCAUCCAUGCCCCUCGUUUCCCCCCUUUCCCCUGCCCGUUGCUGCCCCUCCCCUUGCCCCCUCAACUCCCCUGCCCCCCGUACACCCCAAGUCCCAUCCAACCGCCCCCACCCUCCCCCGGCUGCCCGUUUCCGCUCUCCACCCCCGCGACCGUGUGCGGCUUCCAACCGCCCAACGGUGUCACACCCCCUGCCCCCUCAUGCCAUCCGCUCCCCCCGCCCCUACCCUCCGCGUGCCCGCUCCCUUGCCGCCUCUUUUGACCCUCCCUGCCCCCCCUCGCCGUUUCCCACCGCCCGCCAUUCGCUCCUCCCCGCCCGUGCGCUCCCCUCCUUUACCUUCUCCUCCCCCCUCCCCUCCUCUGCUGCACGCCUCUUCCUUCCCCUCGCCGACCCACUCCACUCCCUGCCCCUCCUCAAUCCGCACCCUGCCCCUCGUAUCUCGCCCCCCUAUGCUUGGUUUCUCCCCUCCCUGCCCCUCGCCGCCUUUCCCCGCUCCCCACCUCCCCCCUCUCCCUGCCCCCCCCACUCUCCCCCCCCCUUGUCCUUGGCUUCCUACCUCCCUGCCUCACCUUUCCCCCCUCCGUGUGCUCAGCUUCUCCCCUCCCUGCCCCUCCCUCCUCCCCGCCCUGCCCCUCAUUUUCCGCCCCCCCCCCCCCACGCCCGGUUUCUCCCCUCCCCGCGCCUCCCUUUCUUUCUCCGUGCCUCUCCUUUGCUCCCUCCCUGCCCCCGCCUGCCCAUGCCCCUGUCUUUGGCUUCUCCCCUCCCUGCCCCACCCCCUGCCCGUUGCUGCCCCUCCCCUUGCCCCCUCAACUCCCCUGCCCCCCGUACACCCCAAGUCCCAUCCAACCGCCCCCACCCUCCCCCGGCUGCCCGUUUCCGCUCUCCACCCCCGCGACCGUGUGCGGCUUCCAACCGCCCAACGGUGUCACACCCCCUGCCCCCUCAUGCCAUCCGCUCCCCCCGCCCCUACCCUCCGCGUGCCCGCUCCCUUGCCGCCUCUUUUGACCCUCCCUGCCCCCCCUCGCCGUUUCCCACCGCCCGCCAUUCGCUCCUCCCCGCCCGUGCGCUCCCCUCCUUUACCUUCUCCUCCCCCCUCCCCUCCUCUGCUGCACGCCUCUUCCUUCCCCUCGCCGACCCACUCCACUCCCUGCCCCUCCUCAAUCCGCACCCUGCCCCUCGUAUCUCGCCCCCCUAUGCUUGGUUUCUCCCCUCCCUGCCCCUCGCCGCCUUUCCCCGCUCCCCACCUCCCCCCUCUCCCUGCCCCCCCCACUCUCCCCCCCCCCUUGUCCUUGGCUUCCUACCUCCCUGCCUCACCUUUCCCCCCUCCGUGUGCUCAGCUUCUCCCCUCCCUGCCCCUCCCUCCUCCCCGCCCUGCCCCUCAUUUUCCGCCCCCCCCCCCCCCACGCCCGGUUUCUCCCCUCCCCGCGCCUCCCUUUCUUUCUCCGUGCCUCUCCUUUGCUCCCUCCCUGCCCCCGCCUGCCCAUGCCCCUGUCUUUGGCUUCUCCCCUCCCUGCCCCACGUUUCUUCCCUCCCUGCCCCCCGUCUGCCCCUCCCUUGUUUUCCCCUCACCCAUUGCUUCUCUCCUCCCUGCCCUUGAUUUCCCACACCCCUGCCCUCGUUUCCUAUCAUCCAUGCCCCUCGUUUCCCCCCUUUGUACGUUCAGCCUCUUCCCUCCCUGCCCCUCCCUUCCUCCCCCCCUGCCCUUUGCUCUCCCCUCCCCCUGCCCGUUGCUGCCCCUCCCCUUGCCCCCUCAACUCCCCUGCCCCCCGUACACCCCAAGUCCCAUCCAACCGCCCCCACCCUCCCCCGGCUGCCCGUUUCCGCUCUCCACCCCCGCGACCGUGUGCGGCUUCCAACCGCCCAACGGUGGUGCGCACGGGGCUCACACCCCCUGCCCCCUCAUGCCAUCCGCUCCCCCCGCCCCUACCCUCCGCGUGCCCGCUCCCUUGCCGCCUCUUUUGACCCUCCCUGCCCCCCCUCGCCGUUUCCCACCGCCCGCCAUUCGCUCCUCCCCGCCCGUGCGCUCCCCUCCUUUACCUUCUCCUCCCCCCUCCCCUCCUCUGCUGCACGCCUCUUCCUUCCCCUCGCCGACCCACUCCACUCCCUGCCCCUCCUCAAUCCGCACCCUGCCCCUCGUAUCUCGCCCCCCUAUGCUUGGUUUCUCCCCUCCCUGCCCCUCGCCGCCUUUCCCCGCUCCCCACCUCCCCCCUCUCCCUGCCCCCCCCACUCUCCCCCCCCCCUUGUCCUUGGCUUCCUACCUCCCUGCCUCACCUUUCCCCCCUCCGUGUGCUCAGCUUCUCCCCUCCCUGCCCCUCCCUCCUCCCCGCCCUGCCCCUCAUUUUCCGCCCCCCCCCCCCCCACGCCCGGUUUCUCCCCUCCCCGCGCCUCCCUUUCUUUCUCCGUGCCUCUCCUUUGCUCCCUCCCUGCCCCCGCCUGCCCAUGCCCCUGUCUUUGGCUUCUCCCCUCCCUGCCCCACGUUUCUUCCCUCCCUGCCCCCCGUCUGCCCCUCCCUUGUUUUCCCCUCACCCAUUGCUUCUCUCCUCCCUGCCCUUGAUUUCCCACACCCCUGCCCUCGUUUCCUAUCAUCCAUGCCCCUCGUUUCCCCCCUUUGUACGUUCAGCCUCUUCCCUCCCUGCCCCUCCCUUCCUCCCCCCCUGCCCUUUGCUCUCCCCUCCCCCUGCCCGUUGCUGCCCCUCCCCUUGCCCCCUCAACUCCCCUGCCCCCCGUACACCCCAAGUCCCAUCCAACCGCCCCCACCCUCCCCCGGCUGCCCGUUUCCGCUCUCCACCCCCGCGACCGUGUGCGGCUUCCAACCGCCCAACGGUGGUGCGCACGGGGCUCACACCCCCUGCCCCCUCAUGCCAUCCGCUCCCCCCGCCCCUACCCUCCGCGUGCCCGCUCCCUUGCCGCCUCUUUUGACCCUCCCUGCCCCCCCUCGCCGUUUCCCACCGCCCGCCAUUCGCUCCUCCCCGCCCGUGCGCUCCCCUCCUUUACCUUCUCCUCCCCCCUCCCCUCCUCUGCUGCACGCCUCUUCCUUCCCCUCGCCGACCCACUCCACUCCCUGCCCCUCCUCAAUCCGCACCCUGCCCCUCGUAUCUCGCCCCCCUAUGCUUGGUUUCUCCCCUCCCUGCCCCUCGCCGCCUUUCCCCGCUCCCCACCUCCCCCCUCUCCCUGCCCCCCCCACUCUCCCCCCCCCUUGUCCUUGGCUUCCUACCUCCCUGCCUCACCUUUCCCCCCUCCGUGUGCUCAGCUUCUCCCCUCCCUGCCCCUCCCUCCUCCCCGCCCUGCCCCUCAUUUUCCGCCCCCCCCCCCCCCACGCCCGGUUUCUCCCCUCCCCGCGCCUCCCUUUCUUUCUCCGUGCCUCUCCUUUGCUCCCUCCCUGCCCCCGCCUGCCCAUGCCCCUGUCUUUGGCUUCUCCCCUCCCUGCCCCACGUUUCUUCCCUCCCUGCCCCCCGUCUGCCCCUCCCUUGUUUUCCCCUCACCCAUUGCUUCUCUCCUCCCUGCCCUUGAUUUCCCACACCCCUGCCCUCGUUUCCUAUCAUCCAUGCCCCUCGUUUCCCCCCUUUCCCCUGCCCGUUGCUGCCCCUCCCCUUGCCCCCUCAACUCCCCUGCCCCCCGUACACCCCAAGUCCCAUCCAACCGCCCCCACCCUCCCCCGGCUGCCCGUUUCCGCUCUCCACCCCCGCGACCGUGUGCGGCUUCCAACCGCCCAACGGUGCAUUACCGCCCCUCUCCCCUUAUCCCCCACCACGCCCCCAAGCAGGCCUUUCUCCCCCCAGCCUCCCGUCUCCCUGCCCUUAGUACCGCCGCGCUCUGCCCGUGCGUCACCCUUGCCCACUUCAUACCACCUCCCCCUUCUCCCCCCCCCCCGGCUUCUCCCUAUCAUCACCCGCAUGUUCCCCCACUCCCCUGUCCACAACGUCCCUCCACCCCCCUUCCUGCUUUCCCCACUCCCACUCUGCCCCCCACACCUCUACGAGCCGUACUUCCCCCUCCAGCCUCCCUUUCCCCCCCAGCUACUUCCGCAUCCAGCGUGGGCUGCACCUCUGCAUCCCGCCCUGCCAGGCCCUUCGGUGACCCAACUGCCGCCACCUGGCACCACGCCGCCUUUCCCACCCCCAUCCAAUCUCUACACCCCCUGCCCCUGCUCCCUGCGCAAUCCAGCCACCUACCCCAGCCUCCCUCUACCUCUCCCUAACUCCACACCGCCGUUCCUACCCCCAGCCAAGGUCUACACCCCUUGCUUUUGCUCCCUGGGCUGUGCCGUCCCCAACCUCCCUCCGCCUUUCCGCGGCACCAGACCGCCUCUCCCUCCCCCAGCCAACUUUUGCACCCCCUGUUCCUGCCCCUUGUGCCCUCCAACACCCUACCUCAACCCCCCCCAGUCUCCCCCUUCUCCAACACCCUCCAUAUUUCCUCCCCCCUGGGGCUCGCCCAUCCGCAGCUAUCACCCUUCAUCGAUUCCCCAAUUCCCUCUGUCCCCUGUUUCCCGGCCCCGCAUCCUAUCCUGCAUUUACCACAGCACCUCCUUUCGGUGCCCUCUCUGCCCUCCCACGUUCUCACCCCCCGCCUCCCAACCUUCUCAUUACCCGCUACCAGGCUCACGCCAACUCGACUACCCACUACCCUUUGCCCCUUCCUCUCUGUUCCCCACCCUUCCUUUCCCACCUGGCUCCACCUGCCCACCCCCACCUCCCGUGGAAUUCUGCCCUGCCCUCCCCACCUCUGGCCCACCACCUGUCCCCACACCCUGCUCACCCACCGCUACACCACCCCCGCCCCCCCACCUCCACUACAGCCCGCCAACACUUCCCCUCUCAAUCGGCCCCCAGCCCGCCCCCCCCUUGGGCCCCAAUCCCCUCCAACUGUCAGGCCCCCUCUACCCUCUCUUCCACCCACUGCGCACCGCUUUCCCCACCCUUUUCCCCUUUCCCCAAGCUAACCCCCCGCACCCCGGCCUCUGCCAGGGAGUUCCUUCCCCCUUUGACGCCCUCUUGAGCCAACCCCAGCAACUCACACCGCCACCGCCAGGCAUGCUGCCUCUAGCCAGGGGGGAACUUGCAGCUGACACUGCACGGGAAGGGGUAAGUGAGUUUGUGUGUGAAGGAGCAGCAGAGGCUACAGAGGAUGGGGCAGCAAAGGCUGCACGGGAAGGGGCAAUGGGGGUUGUGGGGGAAGGGGCAGCAGAGGCUGCAGAGGAAAGGGCAGCAGAGGCUGCAAGGGAAGGGGCAGCAGCGGCUGCACGGGAAAGGGCGGCAGGGGCUGCACGGGAAGGGGCGGCAGGGACCGUGACUCUGGCCAGGCAAAGGGCAGAGGCCAUGGAGACAGGUUUUGCAGGAGUAGGGGCCACGGAACCUGCUGCUGCGUCGGCUGGGGGAACCGCAGCAGAGGAGGCUAUAGGGACCGCACCAGUCGAGGCUGCAAGGACUGCAGCAGGAGCGACAGAGGCCACAGCGGGGGCUGGUAUAGGGGGAGGUGCUACGGGUGCAGCGGGGAAGGGGGUAACGGGGACUGGUGCGAGGGAGAGUGCCGCCCCGGCUGUAGCAAGAGAGGGUACGGCAGGGGCCUCAAAGGCAGAAGGUGAGGCUGCAGCUGAAGCAGCAGGGAGGGCCAUAGCACGGCCAGUAGGGGCGGCAGGGGCCGCAGCAAACUCGGGGAAACACACAGCAGGGCCGGCAGGGCCGGCAGAGACUGCAAAAGGGGCUAGCAGUAAAGCGGCAGCAGGCGGGGUGGGCUUGGGGGACAUAGGGGCAACAGGGGAAGGAGAGGGGAGGGUGGUCCCGACCGGGGUGGGCACUGAAGAGGGGGAUGUGAUAGCGAUAGAGGAGGAUGAGGGAGAGGAUGUGAUGCACAUUGACGGGCCACUGGCCCAAUACCUCACGCUUGACGGUGAGGCCGACCCGGCCCCCCUGCAGCCUCACGUCGAGGUUCCCCCUCUACCCCCCAUGCCCGUCCCCAUGCUAGCAGAAGGACCGAUGGAGGGGCUGGGGGAGACCUUGAGGACAGAGCCGCGCGAGGGAGCCCCCAUCCUCACCUCCCGUCCUCCAGCCCACCAGCCCCCAGGAGCACCACUUCCCCACCCCCACCCUCAGGUCCCGGUAGUGUCCAGGGGGGCAGCCAAGGCCCUGGCCUUCUUGGCGGAGCCGUGCUCCCCGACCCCCACGCUGCUCCAUGGCCAGCCCCCCUCUCCGUCCCCAACGCCUGACCCCACGGUUGCAGGCGGUCCACCGGGAGAGCACGCGGGUGCGACAAGAGCAGAGUCACCCGAGGGCACCCCUUCUCUCACCUCUCACCCCUCCCCGCCCCUUCCCUCACUCCUUCCUUCACCCCCAAGGGCAGCACACCUCUGCCCCCACCCUCAGGGGCUCCUUAGAGCACCACGUGGAGCAGCCAGGGCUCUGGUCUUCCUAGAGGAGCCAUGCUCCCCGACUCCUACCAACACCCAGCCACCCCUUACCGGCCCACUACCCCCUCCUCCACCAGGCCCCCCCCCACCCGGUAGUACACACAUCUCGGAGGUUGAAGCAUCUCUGCGGCCAAAUCCCUCUCCCACACGCUACAGGCACCCAAACCACCCGAGUCGCCGCACAGCCCCAACACGCCCACCCAACAGGCUGCCCUCCCCACACCACCCCCCCCAGGCAGCCGAGACCCACCCGCAAGGGCUUGCGCCCCAGGCUCAUGGGAGCGGCGGCACCCGGGUAGAGGGGCCCACAGGAGAGGCCACCACAGAGCCCACACAAAUCUCUCUCCCCCCACCGUUUGUACCUCGCUCUAACCUCCACACUGGCCCAGCCCCUCGACCCCCACCUCCAACCCCCUCUCCCGGCCGGGUUCCCCACGAGUGGCCCCGUUGGGCAGCCAUCACCCCCCACACACAGCUUGCCCGAUCUGUUCCCACGGAGGGGGAUGUUUCGAGGAGAGUGGGGAUGCACACAGAGCACCCCCUGCCUGGCGAACCACCCAUCCUCCCUCCACCCACCCCUUUGGCCCCACAGCCCCCCCUUCCUUCACAAACAGGCGCGGACAACCAGGUUGGCCGCCGGCGGAAGAACAGGGGCAGAGGAGGCAGAGGGUCAGCCCACGUACUCCCCCCUCCCUCCCUCCCCCACCAAGAGCCCCUCCCCACCUCACAUCCCGUUGAACAAUUACCAGGCCCUACCUCUACAGCCCGUCCACCAAACCUACACUCCCGCCCCGCUCCUGCACCUCCACAGGGCCAUGGGAGCGGACCAGCCCACUCACCCCCAUUCUGCCCCUCCCGUGCUGUGUCCCCCUCCCAGGUGGCGGCGGCCGCGAUCGCUACUGGGAGGGGGGCCGUCGGGUUGAGGGAUGCGCCCAUGGCAGACGCCACCGACUCCCCCUCCCAUCCCUCCCACCCCUUCCAUGUCGACGACCCCCUACCGCAACCCAUGGUGAUUGGGGAGGGCCAAGGGGGCCUUCUAGGGCAGGGUCCACACCCGAGCUCCGCUCAGCCAGCACGCCCCACUCCACCCUCUACCCUGCCAGCCCUCCUACUCUCACCUACAGGCAGGCAGGUCUUCGAGACCCCAGAGGAGGUGAGGGCUGGCAUUUCAGAUUUGCUGGCGAUACACCGCCUGAGCAGCUCUCCGGCUGCCCCCACCCUUCCAGUCCCACAGGACCGGACCCGGACGUAUGCGGAGGUCACCCGGUCUGUCCCUUCUUUUAUCCCCCCCGCCACUCAGCCAGGCGCGUCACUCCCGACCCCAAUGGAGACGGACCGGGGUCUGAGGCCGUGUCACUCGCACCUAGACGGGGUGGCGCCUCCCCCCGUUCAGCCCGUGGCGCAGGAGGUCACCAGCAGUAGGGAUGAGGCAUCCGCCCCUACCGAGACCCCUCCGCCUGGGGUAGCAGAGCCGUCACUUGAACCGCACCCCGCCGAGGGGCAGGAGCACACCACGGCACACACUUCAGGCUCACCUCCACGUCCCCCCUCCCCAGCUUCAACACCGGUGCCGGCACGAGGCCCGGCCCUAUCCUGUGCGACACCACCUCUAUCUUCGCUGACACCCCCCCCGCGCGGGGCUGGUGAGUCGUCUCCUCCCCUCAUCCCAGGCGAUCCUGUCGGAGCUCAGGCCGCCCACGGGGUCCCCUCUACAGCCAGUUCCGACGCCACGGCCCCGAUUGACCCCGCCGACACGGCGACAUCACCCGACCAGGUCGUGAGUUGCCCCACCUGCAGGAGCUCUCUCGCGAACCGACGCGCGCUCCAGCACCACAUUCCCUUCUGCCAUCCUGCGGACGCGGCUCGCAGGGCGCAGGCUGCCCAUGAUACCGCCUCGAUCAUCCCUUCCCUCUCACAGCCCCGUGCGACCGGGAUGCAGUUCACCGACGCACAGUGGCAGACGCUCGACUCGGUGGACUGGACAGAGUACUUCUCGCCCGAGCGUAUCCAUACACGCCCUCUCCGACGUGUCCCGGAGAGGGUCCGCGGAGGAUAUCUUGACGUCCUCAGUGCGAUCCUAGUCCGCAUUGCCCAGGACCCGGAGGCUGCUGGCCCUACCUUCCUCCUCGCUGCAGCGCCGACUCUUUUCCUUGUUCCAGCGACGCCACCCGACCGCUCGCACACGGCUGCCAUUGCAACGCGCAUCUCUCGCUUUGGUCGAGGUGAGUGGGCUGAGCUAGUCUCAGAUGCACUAGGCCGUCGCACACCCCUUCCUCGCCGCACAGGUCACCGGUCACGCACCGCCACCGAUCCCUCUGCAGCAGAUGAGCGCCGCAUUGCACGUUGCCUUCGUCUGGCAGCGUGCAAUGAGACCUCACGGGCGUGCGCGGCUCUCGAGUCCGCGGAGGCAGCCCCAGAUACACAGGGGACGAUACAGCGCCUGCAGUCGAAGCACCCCAACGCGGAGAGGCCGACCCCAGCUUGGCUGUCUGGCUUCCAGGGGUCCCCUCUCGUGCUCUCGGUGGAUCACUUACGCCGCGCGAUUUUCACAGCUCCGCGGGGCUCUUCGGGAGGACCGUCCGGUUGGGUCGCUGAGCACCUGCGAGACACUUUCCUAGCUUUCCCUCAGAGUCUCCAUUUCCUCCUGGCCGUGUACCAGCAGUGGCUCCGAGGCCGUUGCGCUCCAGCUGCGCGCUCCUUGCUAGCGUCCUCCACCCUCGUGGCUCUGGCGAAGUCGAACAUGGAUGUUCGGCCGAUUGCCAUCGGCGAGGUUUUGGUCCGCAUUCUUUCUCGGGCAGUUUGUCUCCAGCUACGUGACCAGAUGGCGAGGGUCUUCUUGGCAUCACAGCAGUUUGGGGUGGGGGUUACGUGCGGGACAGAGGUCGUAGUUAGAGGCGUCCGCCGCGCUCUGGCUGACCACCCAGACUGGGUGGUCCUGCAGCUAGACGUGGCGAAUGCCUUUAACUCUUUCCACCGAGACAGGAUGUUUCAGGCGCUGCAGGCCAGUCCGGAGUUUCAGUGUCUGAUCCCCUUCAUCGGCCUCUUCUACGGGACGCCCUCGGAUCUCCACUACAGGUCAGGCACGGGAGUGGUCACGAUGCACUCGGAGCGGGGCACUCGCCAGGGAGACCCUCUCAGCCCCUUCUUGUACGCUCUGACACAGCGUCUUGCUUUGGAGCCGGUUCUGGCGGAGGGGGAUGUCCAGCUCUGGUCGUACGCCGAUGACACGUACGUGCUAGGUCCCCCAGACAGGGUGCUGCACCAUUUUGCCGAGAUCGUGAGGCGCUUGGGCGAGAUGGGCCUUGCAGCCCAGCCGCACAAGUGCCUCGUCUACCAGACAGAGUCCUUUCUGUCCAGGGAUCUGGAGGCUUUCACGGGCCUAGGGAUCGAGGUCGCACGCCGAGGGCUCACCGUGACAGGCGUACCGGUAGGCACCGUUUCGUUCGUGGAGCAGAGUCUCCCGGAUCGUCUCGAGAGGAUGGGGCGGGUGCUACCUUGGCUUCCGAGGUUGCGCCAGCCCCAGACAGCUGCCCGCCUUCUUUCGGCGUGUGUCAGCACUCGUCCGCAGUACCUGUCGAGGACCGUCCCUCCUUCGCCCGCAGUGAUCUCCAGUUUUACACGGUGGGACGCACGCCUGGGAGAGACUUUUCAGCAGCUUUUAGCUUCAGGGACCUGGGCUUGUCGCGAGGACGUCCGAGAGGCCGCCCUAGACCAGAUCUUCCUCCCCAUCCGUCUCGGGGGUUUCGGCAUUCGUCGCAUGGCGCGCAUGGCCCCGGUGAGUUUCGUGUGCUCCUGGGUGCAGUGUGCACCCAUUCUCUGUUCUCUCCCUGCGUGUGGCGAGGUGUUUCGGCAGAGCUUCGCUUCAGGUGAGCCAGAGCAGAUCGACCGGGCUCUGCAGACGGCGCUAGAGGGUCUCCCUCCUGACGUUCUCUCUCUCCUUCCCCCCUGGCCCUCUUGCGCUUCUGCCUCCCCCGAUUCCCUUUUUGCAGGAGCGAGCCGUCUUCUGGAGGCGCAUGCCUUGGAGGCCGUGCGUGCCCGUCACACCUCUCCCUUGCACCUUGCCCGUUUGACUUCCCUUCAGGGCGGAGGUGCAGGAGCGUGGUUGACGUCGGUGCCGUACGCCGACCCACUGCGCAUCCCGGAGGCGCUGUGGCAGGCGGCUUCAUCUUCUCGUCUUGGUCUCCCUAUCCCCCAGUUAGCCCUUGCAGGUCAGUGCUCCUGCGGACAGGCGAUUGACGACAUGACGGUGCCUCAUCACGCGGUUCGGUGCCCGCGUUACGGGGUCGCCACUACCAUCCACGACACGGUGAAGUACAUGCUUCGAGACUUUGCGGUCGAGGCGGGCUUCGCGGUAAAGGUGGAGGACUCUACGCUGUUCACACAGUUGGAGGCGGCUCGAGCGAGACUACUGGGACAGCCAGUGGUGGGAGAGGGGACACGGGCUGAGGGACCGGGGGAGCGGAGAGGCGAGGCGGGACAGCCGGGUGGCGGGGGACAGUGGGGACGGCACCAGCUGCGGGGUCAGGUGGAGCGAGGGACAGGUGGGCAGAGGGGACGGCAGGGGGAGCAGACGGGCCAGGACGGGGAGGGGGGACGGCACAGGCAGCAGCAGGAGAGCCAGUGGAGGCCGCGGGCCCAGGGCGCCGCGCCUCCAGGUUCGGCCUCGGGGGCGGGGCAGGGGCGGGAGCAGCAGAGAGCGGACGGAGGUACAGGAGGGGCAGCGGGAUUGGGAGGGGAGGGCCAGGGAGUGAGAGAGGCAGCAGGGGAUGGAGCAGGGGGGUCGGGAGGUUUGGGGGAGGGUAGGGAGGGGGAGGGGAGAGGACAGGUGGAUGGAGGAGAGGAGAGGGGGAGAGAGACGAUCGGAGAGGGGGCACCAAGGGACCAGACAGGGCAGCAGCCAGCGCAACAGCAGGGACCAGUCGGACGCACAGGCCGUGUAGGCACCGCCUCCCGCAUUCCAGACCUCACCUGCCGCGACGUUGGCCAGGGUCUGAUGGUUCUUGUGGAUGUCUCCAUAGCGGAUCCACAGCGGGAGGGGAACGUGCAGCUGAGACGGGCGACCCCCACACAGAUUGGAGUGGCAGCAGCUAGGCGGGUGCAGGAGAAGCUGCGUCACUGGGGGCCGCACUUAGAGGGGCUGCAGCCGGCACCACACUUUUACGCGUGCGUGGCGGAGACCUUUGGCCUUCUGAGUGAGCCGCUGCGUCAGUUUCUGGGGCUCUGCGCAAAGAGGAUAGCACAGCGGAGGAGGGAUAGAGGUGGGGGGGAUGACGGAUCGGCACGGAUAUUUGAGGCAGGACUCACUACACGCCUCUCCGUUGCACUGCAGCGCGCGCAGGCUCAAUGCAUGAUCCAGCAUGCGGUGCGGCAGUUAGGGAGUCACACCCCCUGCCCCCUCAUGCCAUCCGCUCCCCCCGCCCCUACCCUCCGCGUGCCCGCUCCCUUGCCGCCUCUUUUGACCCUCCCUGCCCCCCCUCGCCGUUUCCCACCGCCCGCCAUUCGCUCCUCCCCGCCCGUGCGCUCCCCUCCUUUACCUUCUCCUCCCCCCUCCCCUCCUCUGCUGCACGCCUCUUCCUUCCCCUCGCCGACCCACUCCACUCCCUGCCCCUCCUCAAUCCGCACCCUGCCCCUCGUAUCUCGCCCCCCUAUGCUUGCUUCUCCCCUCCCUGCCCCUCCCUCCUCCCCGCCCUGCCCCUCAUUUUCCGCCCCCCCCCCCCCACGCCCGGUUUCUCCCCUCCCCGCGCCUCCCUUUCUUUCUCCGUGCCUCUCCUUUGCUCCCUCCCUGCCCCCGCCUGCCCAUGCCCCUGUCUUUGGCUUCUCCCCUCCCUGCCCCACGUUUCUUCCCUCCCUGCCCCCCGUCUGCCCCUCCCUUGUUUUCCCCUCACCCAUUGCUUCUCUCCUCCCUGCCCUUGAUUUCCCACACCCCUGCCCUCGUUUCCUAUCAUCCAUGCCCCUCGUUUCCCCCCUUUGUACGUUCAGCCUCUUCCCUCCCUGCCCCUCCCUUCCUCCCCCCCUGCCCUUUGCUCUCCCCUCCCCCUGCCCGUUGCUGCCCCUCCCCUUGCCCCCUCAACUCCCCUGCCCCCCGUACACCCCAAGUCCCAUCCAACCGCCCCCACCCUCCCCCGGCUGCCCGUUUCCGCUCUCCACCCCCGCGACCGUGUGCGGCUUCCAACCGCCCAACGGUGGUGCGCACGGGGCGUUUCUUCGCAUGGGCAAGCCUCCCCGGGGGCCCCCCACCCCGCUGGGUCGUUUACCGCCGCGCUCUGCCCGUGCGUCACCCUUGCCCACUUCAUACCACCUCCCCCUUCUCCCCCCCCCCCGGCUUCUCCCUAUCAUCACCCGCAUGUUCCCCCACUCCCCUGUCCACAACGUCCCUCCACCCCCCUUCCUGCUUUCCCCACUCCCACUCUGCCCCCCACACCUCUACGAGCCGUACUUCCCCCUCCAGCCUCCCUUUCCCCCCCAGCUACUUCCGCAUCCAGCGUGGGCUGCACCUCUGCAUCCCGCCCUGCCAGGCCCUUCGGUGACCCAACUGCCGCCACCUGGCACCACGCCGCCUUUCCCACCCCCAUCCAAUCUCUACACCCCCUGCCCCUGCUCCCUGCGCAAUCCAGCCACCUACCCCAGCCUCCCUCUACCUCUCCCUAACUCCACACCGCCGUUCCUACCCCCAGCCAAGGUCUACACCCCUUGCUUUUGCUCCCUGGGCUGUGCCGUCCCCAACCUCCCUCCGCCUUUCCGCGGCACCAGACCGCCUCUCCCUCCCCCAGCCAACUUUUGCACCCCCUGUUCCUGCCCCUUGUGCCCUCCAACACCCUACCUCAACCCCCCCCAGUCUCCCCCUUCUCCAACACCCUCCAUAUUUCCUCCCCCCUGGGGCUCGCCCAUCCGCAGCUAUCACCCUUCAUCGAUUCCCCAAUUCCCUCUGUCCCCUGUUUCCCGGCCCCGCAUCCUAUCCUGCAUUUACCACAGCACCUCCUUUCGGUGCCCUCUCUGCCCUCCCACGUUCUCACCCCCCGCCUCCCAACCUUCUCAUUACCCGCUACCAGGCUCACGCCAACUCGACUACCCACUACCCUUUGCCCCUUCCUCUCUGUUCCCCACCCUUCCUUUCCCACCUGGCUCCACCUGCCCACCCCCACCUCCCGUGGAAUUCUGCCCUGCCCUCCCCACCUCUGGCCCACCACCUGUCCCCACACCCUGCUCACCCACCGCUACACCACCCCCGCCCCCCCACCUCCACUACAGCCCGCCAACACUUCCCCUCUCAAUCGGCCCCCAGCCCGCCCCCCCCUUGGGCCCCAAUCCCCUCCAACUGUCAGGCCCCCUCUACCCUCUCUUCCACCCACUGCGCACCGCUUUCCCCACCCUUUUCCCCUUUCCCCAAGCUAACCCCCCGCACCCCGGCCUCUGCCAGGGAGUUCCUUCCCCCUUUGACGCCCUCUUGAGCCAACCCCAGCAACUCACACCGCCACCGCCAGGCAUGCUGCCUCUAGCCAGGGGGGAACUUGCAGCUGACACUGCACGGGAAGGGGUAAGUGAGUUUGUGUGUGAAGGAGCAGCAGAGGCUACAGAGGAUGGGGCAGCAAAGGCUGCACGGGAAGGGGCAAUGGGGGUUGUGGGGGAAGGGGCAGCAGAGGCUGCAGAGGAAAGGGCAGCAGAGGCUGCAAGGGAAGGGGCAGCAGCGGCUGCACGGGAAAGGGCGGCAGGGGCUGCACGGGAAGGGGCGGCAGGGACCGUGACUCUGGCCAGGCAAAGGGCAGAGGCCAUGGAGACAGGUUUUGCAGGAGUAGGGGCCACGGAACCUGCUGCUGUGUCGGCUGGGGGAACCGCAGCAGAGGAGGCUAUAGGGACCGCACCAGUCGAGGCUGCAAGGACUGCAGCAGGAGCGACAGAGGCCACAGCGGGGGCUGGUAUAGGGGGAGGUGCUACGGGUGCAGCGGGGAAGGGGGUAACGGGGACUGGUGCGAGGGAGAGUGCCGCCCCGGCUGUAGCAAGAGAGGGUACGGCAGGGGCCUCAAAGGCAGAAGGUGAGGCUGCAGCUGAAGCAGCAGGGAGGGCCAUAGCACGGCCAGUAGGGGCGGCAGGGGCCGCAGCAAACUCGGGGAAACACACAGCAGGGCCGGCAGGGCCGGCAGAGACUGCAAAAGGGGCUAGCAGUAAAGCGGCAGCAGGCGGGGUGGGCUUGGGGGACAUAGGGGCAACAGGGGAAGGAGAGGGGAGGGUGGUCCCGACCGGGGUGGGCACUGAAGAGGGGGAUGUGAUAGCGAUAGAGGAGGAUGAGGGAGAGGAUGUGAUGCACAUUGACGGGCCACUGGCCCAAUACCUCACGCUUGACGGUGAGGCCGACCCGGCCCCCCUGCAGCCUCACGUCGAGGUUCCCCCUCUACCCCCCAUGCCCGUCCCCAUGCUAGCAGAAGGACCGAUGGAGGGGCUGGGGGAGACCUUGAGGACAGAGCCGCGCGAGGGAGCCCCCAUCCUCACCUCCCGUCCUCCAGCCCACCAGCCCCCAGGAGCACCACUUCCCCACCCCCACCCUCAGGUCCCGGUAGUGUCCAGGGGGGCAGCCAAGGCCCUGGCCUUCUUGGCGGAGCCGUGCUCCCCGACCCCCACGCUGCUCCAUGGCCAGCCCCCCUCUCCGUCCCCAACGCCUGACCCCACGGUUGCAGGCGGUCCACCGGGAGAGCACGCGGGUGCGACAAGAGCAGAGUCACCCGAGGGCACCCCUUCUCUCACCUCUCACCCCUCCCCGCCCCUUCCCUCACUCCUUCCUUCACCCCCAAGGGCAGCACACCUCUGCCCCCACCCUCAGGGGCUCCUUAGAGCACCACGUGGAGCAGCCAGGGCUCUGGUCUUCCUAGAGGAGCCAUGCUCCCCGACUCCUACCAACACCCAGCCACCCCUUACCGGCCCACUACCCCCUCCUCCACCAGGCCCCCCCCCACCCGGUAGUACACACAUCUCGGAGGUUGAAGCAUCUCUGCGGCCAAAUCCCUCUCCCACACGCUACAGGCACCCAAACCACCCGAGUCGCCGCACAGCCCCAACACGCCCACCCAACAGGCUGCCCUCCCCACACCACCCCCCCCAGGCAGCCGAGACCCACCCGCAAGGGCUUGCGCCCCAGGCUCAUGGGAGCGGCGGCACCCGGGUAGAGGGGCCCACAGGAGAGGCCACCACAGAGCCCACACAAAUCUCUCUCCCCCCACCGUUUGUACCUCGCUCUAACCUCCACACUGGCCCAGCCCCUCGACCCCCACCUCCAACCCCCUCUCCCGGCCGGGUUCCCCACGAGUGGCCCCGUUGGGCAGCCAUCACCCCCCACACACAGCUUGCCCGAUCUGUUCCCACGGAGGGGGAUGUUUCGAGGAGAGUGGGGAUGCACACAGAGCACCCCCUGCCUGGCGAACCACCCAUCCUCCCUCCACCCACCCCUUUGGCCCCACAGCCCCCCCUUCCUUCACAAACAGGCGCGGACAACCAGGUUGGCCGCCGGCGGAAGAACAGGGGCAGAGGAGGCAGAGGGUCAGCCCACGUACUCCCCCCUCCCUCCCUCCCCCACCAAGAGCCCCUCCCCACCUCACAUCCCGUUGAACAAUUACCAGGCCCUACCUCUACAGCCCGUCCACCAAACCUACACUCCCGCCCCGCUCCUGCACCUCCACAGGGCCAUGGGAGCGGACCAGCCCACUCACCCCCAUUCUGCCCCUCCCGUGCUGUGUCCCCCUCCCAGGUGGCGGCGGCCGCGAUCGCUACUGGGAGGGGGGCCGUCGGGUUGAGGGAUGCGCCCAUGGCAGACGCCACCGACUCCCCCUCCCAUCCCUCCCACCCCUUCCAUGUCGACGACCCCCUACCGCAACCCAUGGUGAUUGGGGAGGGCCAAGGGGGCCUUCUAGGGCAGGGUCCACACCCGAGCUCCGCUCAGCCAGCACGCCCCACUCCACCCUCUACCCUGCCAGCCCUCCUACUCUCACCUACAGGCAGGCAGGUCUUCGAGACCCCAGAGGAGGUGAGGGCUGGCAUUUCAGAUUUGCUGGCGAUACACCGCCUGAGCAGCUCUCCGGCUGCCCCCACCCUUCCAGUCCCACAGGACCGGACCCGGACGUAUGCGGAGGUCACCCGGUCUGUCCCUUCUUUUAUCCCCCCCGCCACUCAGCCAGGCGCGUCACUCCCGACCCCAAUGGAGACGGACCGGGGUCUGAGGCCGUGUCACUCGCACCUAGACGGGGUGGCGCCUCCCCCCGUUCAGCCCGUGGCGCAGGAGGUCACCAGCAGUAGGGAUGAGGCAUCCGCCCCUACCGAGACCCCUCCGCCUGGGGUAGCAGAGCCGUCACUUGAACCGCACCCCGCCGAGGGGCAGGAGCACACCACGGCACACACUUCAGGCUCACCUCCACGUCCCCCCUCCCCAGCUUCAACACCGGUGCCGGCACGAGGCCCGGCCCUAUCCUGUGCGACACCACCUCUAUCUUCGCUGACACCCCCCCCGCGCGGGGCUGGUGAGUCGUCUCCUCCCCUCAUCCCAGGCGAUCCUGUCGGAGCUCAGGCCGCCCACGGGGUCCCCUCUACAGCCAGUUCCGACGCCACGGCCCCGAUUGACCCCGCCGACACGGCGACAUCACCCGACCAGGUCGUGAGUUGCCCCACCUGCAGGAGCUCUCUCGCGAACCGACGCGCGCUCCAGCACCACAUUCCCUUCUGCCAUCCUGCGGACGCGGCUCGCAGGGCGCAGGCUGCCCAUGAUACCGCCUCGAUCAUCCCUUCCCUCUCACAGCCCCGUGCGACCGGGAUGCAGUUCACCGACGCACAGUGGCAGACGCUCGACUCGGUGGACUGGACAGAGUACUUCUCGCCCGAGCGUAUCCAUACACGCCCUCUCCGACGUGUCCCGGAGAGGGUCCGCGGAGGAUAUCUUGACGUCCUCAGUGCGAUCCUAGUCCGCAUUGCCCAGGACCCGGAGGCUGCUGGCCCUACCUUCCUCCUCGCUGCAGCGCCGACUCUUUUCCUUGUUCCAGCGACGCCACCCGACCGCUCGCACACGGCUGCCAUUGCAACGCGCAUCUCUCGCUUUGGUCGAGGUGAGUGGGCUGAGCUAGUCUCAGAUGCACUAGGCCGUCGCACACCCCUUCCUCGCCGCACAGGUCACCGGUCACGCACCGCCACCGAUCCCUCUGCAGCAGAUGAGCGCCGCAUUGCACGUUGCCUUCGUCUGGCAGCGUGCAAUGAGACCUCACGGGCGUGCGCGGCUCUCGAGUCCGCGGAGGCAGCCCCAGAUACACAGGGGACGAUACAGCGCCUGCAGUCGAAGCACCCCAACGCGGAGAGGCCGACCCCAGCUUGGCUGUCUGGCUUCCAGGGGUCCCCUCUCGUGCUCUCGGUGGAUCACUUACGCCGCGCGAUUUUCACAGCUCCGCGGGGCUCUUCGGGAGGACCGUCCGGUUGGGUCGCUGAGCACCUGCGAGACACUUUCCUAGCUUUCCCUCAGAGUCUCCAUUUCCUCCUGGCCGUGUACCAGCAGUGGCUCCGAGGCCGUUGCGCUCCAGCUGCGCGCUCCUUGCUAGCGUCCUCCACCCUCGUGGCUCUGGCGAAGUCGAACAUGGAUGUUCGGCCGAUUGCCAUCGGCGAGGUUUUGGUCCGCAUUCUUUCUCGGGCAGUUUGUCUCCAGCUACGUGACCAGAUGGCGAGGGUCUUCUUGGCAUCACAGCAGUUUGGGGUGGGGGUUACGUGCGGGACAGAGGUCGUAGUUAGAGGCGUCCGCCGCGCUCUGGCUGACCACCCAGACUGGGUGGUCCUGCAGCUAGACGUGGCGAAUGCCUUUAACUCUUUCCACCGAGACAGGAUGUUUCAGGCGCUGCAGGCCAGUCCGGAGUUUCAGUGUCUGAUCCCCUUCAUCGGCCUCUUCUACGGGACGCCCUCGGAUCUCCACUACAGGUCAGGCACGGGAGUGGUCACGAUGCACUCGGAGCGGGGCACUCGCCAGGGAGACCCUCUCAGCCCCUUCUUGUACGCUCUGACACAGCGUCUUGCUUUGGAGCCGGUUCUGGCGGAGGGGGAUGUCCAGCUCUGGUCGUACGCCGAUGACACGUACGUGCUAGGUCCCCCAGACAGGGUGCUGCACCAUUUUGCCGAGAUCGUGAGGCGCUUGGGCGAGAUGGGCCUUGCAGCCCAGCCGCACAAGUGCCUCGUCUACCAGACAGAGUCCUUUCUGUCCAGGGAUCUGGAGGCUUUCACGGGCCUAGGGAUCGAGGUCGCACGCCGAGGGCUCACCGUGACAGGCGUACCGGUAGGCACCGUUUCGUUCGUGGAGCAGAGUCUCCCGGAUCGUCUCGAGAGGAUGGGGCGGGUGCUACCUUGGCUUCCGAGGUUGCGCCAGCCCCAGACAGCUGCCCGCCUUCUUUCGGCGUGUGUCAGCACUCGUCCGCAGUACCUGUCGAGGACCGUCCCUCCUUCGCCCGCAGUGAUCUCCAGUUUUACACGGUGGGACGCACGCCUGGGAGAGACUUUUCAGCAGCUUUUAGCUUCAGGGACCUGGGCUUGUCGCGAGGACGUCCGAGAGGCCGCCCUAGACCAGAUCUUCCUCCCCAUCCGUCUCGGGGGUUUCGGCAUUCGUCGCAUGGCGCGCAUGGCCCCGGUGAGUUUCGUGUGCUCCUGGGUGCAGUGUGCACCCAUUCUCUGUUCUCUCCCUGCGUGUGGCGAGGUGUUUCGGCAGAGCUUCGCUUCAGGUGAGCCAGAGCAGAUCGACCGGGCUCUGCAGACGGCGCUAGAGGGUCUCCCUCCUGACGUUCUCUCUCUCCUUCCCCCCUGGCCCUCUUGCGCUUCUGCCUCCCCCGAUUCCCUUUUUGCAGGAGCGAGCCGUCUUCUGGAGGCGCAUGCCUUGGAGGCCGUGCGUGCCCGUCACACCUCUCCCUUGCACCUUGCCCGUUUGACUUCCCUUCAGGGCGGAGGUGCAGGAGCGUGGUUGACGUCGGUGCCGUACGCCGACCCACUGCGCAUCCCGGAGGCGCUGUGGCAGGCGGCUUCAUCUUCUCGUCUUGGUCUCCCUAUCCCCCAGUUAGCCCUUGCAGGUCAGUGCUCCUGCGGACAGGCGAUUGACGACAUGACGGUGCCUCAUCACGCGGUUCGGUGCCCGCGUUACGGGGUCGCCACUACCAUCCACGACACGGUGAAGUACAUGCUUCGAGACUUUGCGGUCGAGGCGGGCUUCGCGGUAAAGGUGGAGGACUCUACGCUGUUCACACAGUUGGAGGCGGCUCGAGCGAGACUACUGGGACAGCCAGUGGUGGGAGAGGGGACACGGGCUGAGGGACCGGGGGAGCGGAGAGGCGAGGCGGGACAGCCGGGUGGCGGGGGACAGUGGGGACGGCACCAGCUGCGGGGUCAGGUGGAGCGAGGGACAGGUGGGCAGAGGGGACGGCAGGGGGAGCAGACGGGCCAGGACGGGGAGGGGGGACGGCACAGGCAGCAGCAGGAGAGCCAGUGGAGGCCGCGGGCCCAGGGCGCCGCGCCUCCAGGUUCGGCCUCGGGGGCGGGGCAGGGGCGGGAGCAGCAGAGAGCGGACGGAGGUACAGGAGGGGCAGCGGGAUUGGGAGGGGAGGGCCAGGGAGUGAGAGAGGCAGCAGGGGAUGGAGCAGGGGGGUCGGGAGGUUUGGGGGAGGGUAGGGAGGGGGAGGGGAGAGGACAGGUGGAUGGAGGAGAGGAGAGGGGGAGAGAGACGAUCGGAGAGGGGGCACCAAGGGACCAGACAGGGCAGCAGCCAGCGCAACAGCAGGGACCAGUCGGACGCACAGGCCGUGUAGGCACCGCCUCCCGCAUUCCAGACCUCACCUGCCGCGACGUUGGCCAGGGUCUGAUGGUUCUUGUGGAUGUCUCCAUAGCGGAUCCACAGCGGGAGGGGAACGUGCAGCUGAGACGGGCGACCCCCACACAGAUUGGAGUGGCAGCAGCUAGGCGGGUGCAGGAGAAGCUGCGUCACUGGGGGCCGCACUUAGAGGGGCUGCAGCCGGCACCACACUUUUACGCGUGCGUGGCGGAGACCUUUGGCCUUCUGAGUGAGCCGCUGCGUCAGUUUCUGGGGCUCUGCGCAAAGAGGAUAGCACAGCGGAGGAGGGAUAGAGGUGGGGGGGAUGACGGAUCGGCACGGAUAUUUGAGGCAGGACUCACUACACGCCUCUCCGUUGCACUGCAGCGCGCGCAGGCUCAAUGCAUGAUCCAGCAUGCGGUGCGGCAGUUAGGGAGUCACACCCCCUGCCCCCUCAUGCCAUCCGCUCCCCCCGCCCCUACCCUCCGCGUGCCCGCUCCCUUGCCGCCUCUUUUGACCCUCCCUGCCCCCCCUCGCCGUUUCCCACCGCCCGCCAUUCGCUCCUCCCCGCCCGUGCGCUCCCCUCCUUUACCUUCUCCUCCCCCCUCCCCUCCUCUGCUGCACGCCUCUUCCUUCCCCUCGCCGACCCACUCCACUCCCUGCCCCUCCUCAAUCCGCACCCUGCCCCUCGUAUCUCGCCCCCCUAUGCUUGGUUUCUCCCCUCCCUGCCCCUCGCCGCCUUUCCCCGCUCCCCACCUCCCCCCUCUCCCUGCCCCCCCCACUCUCCCCCCCCUUGUCCUUGGCUUCCUACCUCCCUGCCUCACCUUUCCCCCCUCCGUGUGCUCAGCUUCUCCCCUCCCUGCCCCUCCCUCCUCCCCGCCCUGCCCCUCAUUUUCCGCCCCCCCCCCCCCACGCCCGGUUUCUCCCCUCCCCGCGCCUCCCUUUCUUUCUCCGUGCCUCUCCUUUGCUCCCUCCCUGCCCCCGCCUGCCCAUGCCCCUGUCUUUGGCUUCUCCCCUCCCUGCCCCACGUUUCUUCCCUCCCUGCCCCCCGUCUGCCCCUCCCUUGUUUUCCCCUCACCCAUUGCUUCUCUCCUCCCUGCCCUUGAUUUCCCACACCCCUGCCCUCGUUUCCUAUCAUCCAUGCCCCUCGUUUCCCCCCUUUGUACGUUCAGCCUCUUCCCUCCCUGCCCCUCCCUUCCUCCCCCCCUGCCCUUUGCUCUCCCCUCCCCCUGCCCGUUGCUGCCCCUCCCCUUGCCCCCUCAACUCCCCUGCCCCCCGUACACCCCAAGUCCCAUCCAACCGCCCCCACCCUCCCCCGGCUGCCCGUUUCCGCUCUCCACCCCCGCGACCGUGUGCGGCUUCCAACCGCCCAACGGUGGUGCGCACGGGGCGUUUCUUCGCAUGGGCAAGCCUCCCCGGGGGCCCCCCACCCCGCUGGGUCGUUUACCGCCGCGCUCUGCCCGUGCGUCACCCUUGCCCACUUCAUACCACCUCCCCCUUCUCCCCCCCCCCCGGCUUCUCCCUAUCAUCACCCGCAUGUUCCCCCACUCCCCUGUCCACAACGUCCCUCCACCCCCCUUCCUGCUUUCCCCACUCCCACUCUGCCCCCCACACCUCUACGAGCCGUACUUCCCCCUCCAGCCUCCCUUUCCCCCCCAGCUACUUCCGCAUCCAGCGUGGGCUGCACCUCUGCAUCCCGCCCUGCCAGGCCCUUCGGUGACCCAACUGCCGCCACCUGGCACCACGCCGCCUUUCCCACCCCCAUCCAAUCUCUACACCCCCUGCCCCUGCUCCCUGCGCAAUCCAGCCACCUACCCCAGCCUCCCUCUACCUCUCCCUAACUCCACACCGCCGUUCCUACCCCCAGCCAAGGUCUACACCCCUUGCUUUUGCUCCCUGGGCUGUGCCGUCCCCAACCUCCCUCCGCCUUUCCGCGGCACCAGACCGCCUCUCCCUCCCCCAGCCAACUUUUGCACCCCCUGUUCCUGCCCCUUGUGCCCUCCAACACCCUACCUCAACCCCCCCCAGUCUCCCCCUUCUCCAACACCCUCCAUAUUUCCUCCCCCCUGGGGCUCGCCCAUCCGCAGCUAUCACCCUUCAUCGAUUCCCCAAUUCCCUCUGUCCCCUGUUUCCCGGCCCCGCAUCCUAUCCUGCAUUUACCACAGCACCUCCUUUCGGUGCCCUCUCUGCCCUCCCACGUUCUCACCCCCCGCCUCCCAACCUUCUCAUUACCCGCUACCAGGCUCACGCCAACUCGACUACCCACUACCCUUUGCCCCUUCCUCUCUGUUCCCCACCCUUCCUUUCCCACCUGGCUCCACCUGCCCACCCCCACCUCCCGUGGAAUUCUGCCCUGCCCUCCCCACCUCUGGCCCACCACCUGUCCCCACACCCUGCUCACCCACCGCUACACCACCCCCGCCCCCCCACCUCCACUACAGCCCGCCAACACUUCCCCUCUCAAUCGGCCCCCAGCCCGCCCCCCCCUUGGGCCCCAAUCCCCUCCAACUGUCAGGCCCCCUCUACCCUCUCUUCCACCCACUGCGCACCGCUUUCCCCACCCUUUUCCCCUUUCCCCAAGCUAACCCCCCGCACCCCGGCCUCUGCCAGGGAGUUCCUUCCCCCUUUGACGCCCUCUUGAGCCAACCCCAGCAACUCACACCGCCACCGCCAGGCAUGCUGCCUCUAGCCAGGGGGGAACUUGCAGCUGACACUGCACGGGAAGGGGUAAGUGAGUUUGUGUGUGAAGGAGCAGCAGAGGCUACAGAGGAUGGGGCAGCAAAGGCUGCACGGGAAGGGGCAAUGGGGGUUGUGGGGGAAGGGGCAGCAGAGGCUGCAGAGGAAAGGGCAGCAGAGGCUGCAAGGGAAGGGGCAGCAGCGGCUGCACGGGAAAGGGCGGCAGGGGCUGCACGGGAAGGGGCGGCAGGGACCGUGACUCUGGCCAGGCAAAGGGCAGAGGCCAUGGAGACAGGUUUUGCAGGAGUAGGGGCCACGGAACCUGCUGCUGUGUCGGCUGGGGGAACCGCAGCAGAGGAGGCUAUAGGGACCGCACCAGUCGAGGCUGCAAGGACUGCAGCAGGAGCGACAGAGGCCACAGCGGGGGCUGGUAUAGGGGGAGGUGCUACGGGUGCAGCGGGGAAGGGGGUAACGGGGACUGGUGCGAGGGAGAGUGCCGCCCCGGCUGUAGCAAGAGAGGGUACGGCAGGGGCCUCAAAGGCAGAAGGUGAGGCUGCAGCUGAAGCAGCAGGGAGGGCCAUAGCACGGCCAGUAGGGGCGGCAGGGGCCGCAGCAAACUCGGGGAAACACACAGCAGGGCCGGCAGGGCCGGCAGAGACUGCAAAAGGGGCUAGCAGUAAAGCGGCAGCAGGCGGGGUGGGCUUGGGGGACAUAGGGGCAACAGGGGAAGGAGAGGGGAGGGUGGUCCCGACCGGGGUGGGCACUGAAGAGGGGGAUGUGAUAGCGAUAGAGGAGGAUGAGGGAGAGGAUGUGAUGCACAUUGACGGGCCACUGGCCCAAUACCUCACGCUUGACGGUGAGGCCGACCCGGCCCCCCUGCAGCCUCACGUCGAGGUUCCCCCUCUACCCCCCAUGCCCGUCCCCAUGCUAGCAGAAGGACCGAUGGAGGGGCUGGGGGAGACCUUGAGGACAGAGCCGCGCGAGGGAGCCCCCAUCCUCACCUCCCGUCCUCCAGCCCACCAGCCCCCAGGAGCACCACUUCCCCACCCCCACCCUCAGGUCCCGGUAGUGUCCAGGGGGGCAGCCAAGGCCCUGGCCUUCUUGGCGGAGCCGUGCUCCCCGACCCCCACGCUGCUCCAUGGCCAGCCCCCCUCUCCGUCCCCAACGCCUGACCCCACGGUUGCAGGCGGUCCACCGGGAGAGCACGCGGGUGCGACAAGAGCAGAGUCACCCGAGGGCACCCCUUCUCUCACCUCUCACCCCUCCCCGCCCCUUCCCUCACUCCUUCCUUCACCCCCAAGGGCAGCACACCUCUGCCCCCACCCUCAGGGGCUCCUUAGAGCACCACGUGGAGCAGCCAGGGCUCUGGUCUUCCUAGAGGAGCCAUGCUCCCCGACUCCUACCAACACCCAGCCACCCCUUACCGGCCCACUACCCCCUCCUCCACCAGGCCCCCCCCCACCCGGUAGUACACACAUCUCGGAGGUUGAAGCAUCUCUGCGGCCAAAUCCCUCUCCCACACGCUACAGGCACCCAAACCACCCGAGUCGCCGCACAGCCCCAACACGCCCACCCAACAGGCUGCCCUCCCCACACCACCCCCCCCAGGCAGCCGAGACCCACCCGCAAGGGCUUGCGCCCCAGGCUCAUGGGAGCGGCGGCACCCGGGUAGAGGGGCCCACAGGAGAGGCCACCACAGAGCCCACACAAAUCUCUCUCCCCCCACCGUUUGUACCUCGCUCUAACCUCCACACUGGCCCAGCCCCUCGACCCCCACCUCCAACCCCCUCUCCCGGCCGGGUUCCCCACGAGUGGCCCCGUUGGGCAGCCAUCACCCCCCACACACAGCUUGCCCGAUCUGUUCCCACGGAGGGGGAUGUUUCGAGGAGAGUGGGGAUGCACACAGAGCACCCCCUGCCUGGCGAACCACCCAUCCUCCCUCCACCCACCCCUUUGGCCCCACAGCCCCCCCUUCCUUCACAAACAGGCGCGGACAACCAGGUUGGCCGCCGGCGGAAGAACAGGGGCAGAGGAGGCAGAGGGUCAGCCCACGUACUCCCCCCUCCCUCCCUCCCCCACCAAGAGCCCCUCCCCACCUCACAUCCCGUUGAACAAUUACCAGGCCCUACCUCUACAGCCCGUCCACCAAACCUACACUCCCGCCCCGCUCCUGCACCUCCACAGGGCCAUGGGAGCGGACCAGCCCACUCACCCCCAUUCUGCCCCUCCCGUGCUGUGUCCCCCUCCCAGGUGGCGGCGGCCGCGAUCGCUACUGGGAGGGGGGCCGUCGGGUUGAGGGAUGCGCCCAUGGCAGACGCCACCGACUCCCCCUCCCAUCCCUCCCACCCCUUCCAUGUCGACGACCCCCUACCGCAACCCAUGGUGAUUGGGGAGGGCCAAGGGGGCCUUCUAGGGCAGGGUCCACACCCGAGCUCCGCUCAGCCAGCACGCCCCACUCCACCCUCUACCCUGCCAGCCCUCCUACUCUCACCUACAGGCAGGCAGGUCUUCGAGACCCCAGAGGAGGUGAGGGCUGGCAUUUCAGAUUUGCUGGCGAUACACCGCCUGAGCAGCUCUCCGGCUGCCCCCACCCUUCCAGUCCCACAGGACCGGACCCGGACGUAUGCGGAGGUCACCCGGUCUGUCCCUUCUUUUAUCCCCCCCGCCACUCAGCCAGGCGCGUCACUCCCGACCCCAAUGGAGACGGACCGGGGUCUGAGGCCGUGUCACUCGCACCUAGACGGGGUGGCGCCUCCCCCCGUUCAGCCCGUGGCGCAGGAGGUCACCAGCAGUAGGGAUGAGGCAUCCGCCCCUACCGAGACCCCUCCGCCUGGGGUAGCAGAGCCGUCACUUGAACCGCACCCCGCCGAGGGGCAGGAGCACACCACGGCACACACUUCAGGCUCACCUCCACGUCCCCCCUCCCCAGCUUCAACACCGGUGCCGGCACGAGGCCCGGCCCUAUCCUGUGCGACACCACCUCUAUCUUCGCUGACACCCCCCCCGCGCGGGGCUGGUGAGUCGUCUCCUCCCCUCAUCCCAGGCGAUCCUGUCGGAGCUCAGGCCGCCCACGGGGUCCCCUCUACAGCCAGUUCCGACGCCACGGCCCCGAUUGACCCCGCCGACACGGCGACAUCACCCGACCAGGUCGUGAGUUGCCCCACCUGCAGGAGCUCUCUCGCGAACCGACGCGCGCUCCAGCACCACAUUCCCUUCUGCCAUCCUGCGGACGCGGCUCGCAGGGCGCAGGCUGCCCAUGAUACCGCCUCGAUCAUCCCUUCCCUCUCACAGCCCCGUGCGACCGGGAUGCAGUUCACCGACGCACAGUGGCAGACGCUCGACUCGGUGGACUGGACAGAGUACUUCUCGCCCGAGCGUAUCCAUACACGCCCUCUCCGACGUGUCCCGGAGAGGGUCCGCGGAGGAUAUCUUGACGUCCUCAGUGCGAUCCUAGUCCGCAUUGCCCAGGACCCGGAGGCUGCUGGCCCUACCUUCCUCCUCGCUGCAGCGCCGACUCUUUUCCUUGUUCCAGCGACGCCACCCGACCGCUCGCACACGGCUGCCAUUGCAACGCGCAUCUCUCGCUUUGGUCGAGGUGAGUGGGCUGAGCUAGUCUCAGAUGCACUAGGCCGUCGCACACCCCUUCCUCGCCGCACAGGUCACCGGUCACGCACCGCCACCGAUCCCUCUGCAGCAGAUGAGCGCCGCAUUGCACGUUGCCUUCGUCUGGCAGCGUGCAAUGAGACCUCACGGGCGUGCGCGGCUCUCGAGUCCGCGGAGGCAGCCCCAGAUACACAGGGGACGAUACAGCGCCUGCAGUCGAAGCACCCCAACGCGGAGAGGCCGACCCCAGCUUGGCUGUCUGGCUUCCAGGGGUCCCCUCUCGUGCUCUCGGUGGAUCACUUACGCCGCGCGAUUUUCACAGCUCCGCGGGGCUCUUCGGGAGGACCGUCCGGUUGGGUCGCUGAGCACCUGCGAGACACUUUCCUAGCUUUCCCUCAGAGUCUCCAUUUCCUCCUGGCCGUGUACCAGCAGUGGCUCCGAGGCCGUUGCGCUCCAGCUGCGCGCUCCUUGCUAGCGUCCUCCACCCUCGUGGCUCUGGCGAAGUCGAACAUGGAUGUUCGGCCGAUUGCCAUCGGCGAGGUUUUGGUCCGCAUUCUUUCUCGGGCAGUUUGUCUCCAGCUACGUGACCAGAUGGCGAGGGUCUUCUUGGCAUCACAGCAGUUUGGGGUGGGGGUUACGUGCGGGACAGAGGUCGUAGUUAGAGGCGUCCGCCGCGCUCUGGCUGACCACCCAGACUGGGUGGUCCUGCAGCUAGACGUGGCGAAUGCCUUUAACUCUUUCCACCGAGACAGGAUGUUUCAGGCGCUGCAGGCCAGUCCGGAGUUUCAGUGUCUGAUCCCCUUCAUCGGCCUCUUCUACGGGACGCCCUCGGAUCUCCACUACAGGUCAGGCACGGGAGUGGUCACGAUGCACUCGGAGCGGGGCACUCGCCAGGGAGACCCUCUCAGCCCCUUCUUGUACGCUCUGACACAGCGUCUUGCUUUGGAGCCGGUUCUGGCGGAGGGGGAUGUCCAGCUCUGGUCGUACGCCGAUGACACGUACGUGCUAGGUCCCCCAGACAGGGUGCUGCACCAUUUUGCCGAGAUCGUGAGGCGCUUGGGCGAGAUGGGCCUUGCAGCCCAGCCGCACAAGUGCCUCGUCUACCAGACAGAGUCCUUUCUGUCCAGGGAUCUGGAGGCUUUCACGGGCCUAGGGAUCGAGGUCGCACGCCGAGGGCUCACCGUGACAGGCGUACCGGUAGGCACCGUUUCGUUCGUGGAGCAGAGUCUCCCGGAUCGUCUCGAGAGGAUGGGGCGGGUGCUACCUUGGCUUCCGAGGUUGCGCCAGCCCCAGACAGCUGCCCGCCUUCUUUCGGCGUGUGUCAGCACUCGUCCGCAGUACCUGUCGAGGACCGUCCCUCCUUCGCCCGCAGUGAUCUCCAGUUUUACACGGUGGGACGCACGCCUGGGAGAGACUUUUCAGCAGCUUUUAGCUUCAGGGACCUGGGCUUGUCGCGAGGACGUCCGAGAGGCCGCCCUAGACCAGAUCUUCCUCCCCAUCCGUCUCGGGGGUUUCGGCAUUCGUCGCAUGGCGCGCAUGGCCCCGGUGAGUUUCGUGUGCUCCUGGGUGCAGUGUGCACCCAUUCUCUGUUCUCUCCCUGCGUGUGGCGAGGUGUUUCGGCAGAGCUUCGCUUCAGGUGAGCCAGAGCAGAUCGACCGGGCUCUGCAGACGGCGCUAGAGGGUCUCCCUCCUGACGUUCUCUCUCUCCUUCCCCCCUGGCCCUCUUGCGCUUCUGCCUCCCCCGAUUCCCUUUUUGCAGGAGCGAGCCGUCUUCUGGAGGCGCAUGCCUUGGAGGCCGUGCGUGCCCGUCACACCUCUCCCUUGCACCUUGCCCGUUUGACUUCCCUUCAGGGCGGAGGUGCAGGAGCGUGGUUGACGUCGGUGCCGUACGCCGACCCACUGCGCAUCCCGGAGGCGCUGUGGCAGGCGGCUUCAUCUUCUCGUCUUGGUCUCCCUAUCCCCCAGUUAGCCCUUGCAGGUCAGUGCUCCUGCGGACAGGCGAUUGACGACAUGACGGUGCCUCAUCACGCGGUUCGGUGCCCGCGUUACGGGGUCGCCACUACCAUCCACGACACGGUGAAGUACAUGCUUCGAGACUUUGCGGUCGAGGCGGGCUUCGCGGUAAAGGUGGAGGACUCUACGCUGUUCACACAGUUGGAGGCGGCUCGAGCGAGACUACUGGGACAGCCAGUGGUGGGAGAGGGGACACGGGCUGAGGGACCGGGGGAGCGGAGAGGCGAGGCGGGACAGCCGGGUGGCGGGGGACAGUGGGGACGGCACCAGCUGCGGGGUCAGGUGGAGCGAGGGACAGGUGGGCAGAGGGGACGGCAGGGGGAGCAGACGGGCCAGGACGGGGAGGGGGGACGGCACAGGCAGCAGCAGGAGAGCCAGUGGAGGCCGCGGGCCCAGGGCGCCGCGCCUCCAGGUUCGGCCUCGGGGGCGGGGCAGGGGCGGGAGCAGCAGAGAGCGGACGGAGGUACAGGAGGGGCAGCGGGAUUGGGAGGGGAGGGCCAGGGAGUGAGAGAGGCAGCAGGGGAUGGAGCAGGGGGGUCGGGAGGUUUGGGGGAGGGUAGGGAGGGGGAGGGGAGAGGACAGGUGGAUGGAGGAGAGGAGAGGGGGAGAGAGACGAUCGGAGAGGGGGCACCAAGGGACCAGACAGGGCAGCAGCCAGCGCAACAGCAGGGACCAGUCGGACGCACAGGCCGUGUAGGCACCGCCUCCCGCAUUCCAGACCUCACCUGCCGCGACGUUGGCCAGGGUCUGAUGGUUCUUGUGGAUGUCUCCAUAGCGGAUCCACAGCGGGAGGGGAACGUGCAGCUGAGACGGGCGACCCCCACACAGAUUGGAGUGGCAGCAGCUAGGCGGGUGCAGGAGAAGCUGCGUCACUGGGGGCCGCACUUAGAGGGGCUGCAGCCGGCACCACACUUUUACGCGUGCGUGGCGGAGACCUUUGGCCUUCUGAGUGAGCCGCUGCGUCAGUUUCUGGGGCUCUGCGCAAAGAGGAUAGCACAGCGGAGGAGGGAUAGAGGUGGGGGGGAUGACGGAUCGGCACGGAUAUUUGAGGCAGGACUCACUACACGCCUCUCCGUUGCACUGCAGCGCGCGCAGGCUCAAUGCAUGAUCCAGCAUGCGGUGCGGCAGUUAGGGAGUCACACCCCCUGCCCCCUCAUGCCAUCCGCUCCCCCCGCCCCUACCCUCCGCGUGCCCGCUCCCUUGCCGCCUCUUUUGACCCUCCCUGCCCCCCCUCGCCGUUUCCCACCGCCCGCCAUUCGCUCCUCCCCGCCCGUGCGCUCCCCUCCUUUACCUUCUCCUCCCCCCUCCCCUCCUCUGCUGCACGCCUCUUCCUUCCCCUCGCCGACCCACUCCACUCCCUGCCCCUCCUCAAUCCGCACCCUGCCCCUCGUAUCUCGCCCCCCUAUGCUUGGUUUCUCCCCUCCCUGCCCCUCGCCGCCUUUCCCCGCUCCCCACCUCCCCCCUCUCCCUGCCCCCCCCACUCUCCCCCCCCCUUGUCCUUGGCUUCCUACCUCCCUGCCUCACCUUUCCCCCCUCCGUGUGCUCAGCUUCUCCCCUCCCUGCCCCUCCCUCCUCCCCGCCCUGCCCCUCAUUUUCCGCCCCCCCCCCCCACGCCCGGUUUCUCCCCUCCCCGCGCCUCCCUUUCUUUCUCCGUGCCUCUCCUUUGCUCCCUCCCUGCCCCCGCCUGCCCAUGCCCCUGUCUUUGGCUUCUCCCCUCCCUGCCCCACGUUUCUUCCCUCCCUGCCCCCCGUCUGCCCCUCCCUUGUUUUCCCCUCACCCAUUGCUUCUCUCCUCCCUGCCCUUGAUUUCCCACACCCCUGCCCUCGUUUCCUAUCAUCCAUGCCCCUCGUUUCCCCCCUUUGUACGUUCAGCCUCUUCCCUCCCUGCCCCUCCCUUCCUCCCCCCCUGCCCUUUGCUCUCCCCUCCCCCUGCCCGUUGCUGCCCCUCCCCUUGCCCCCUCAACUCCCCUGCCCCCCGUACACCCCAAGUCCCAUCCAACCGCCCCCACCCUCCCCCGGCUGCCCGUUUCCGCUCUCCACCCCCGCGACCGUGUGCGGCUUCCAACCGCCCAACGGUGGUGCGCACGGGGCGUUUCUUCGCAUGGGCAAGCCUCCCCGGGGGCCCCCCACCCCGCUGGGUCGUUCCCCCCGUCUCCCUGCCCUUAGUACCGCCGCGCUCUGCCCGUGCGUCACCCUCGCCCACGUCAUACCACCUCCCCCUUCUCCCUCCCCCCGGCUUCUCCCUAUCAUCACCCGCAUGUUCCCCCACUCCCCUGUCCACAACGUCCCUCCUCCACCCCCCUCCUACCUUCCCCACUCCCACUCUGCCCCCCACACCUCUACGAGCCGUACCUUCCCCCUCCAGCCUUCCCUUUCCCCCCCAGCUACUUCCGCAUCCAGCCCACCUACCCCAGCCUCCCUCUACCUCUCCCUAACUCCACACCUGCCGUUCCUACCCCCAGCCAGGGUCUACACCCCUUGCUUUUGCUCCCUGUGCUGUGCCGUCCCCAACCUCCGUCCGCCCUUCCGCGGCACCAGACCGCCUCUCCCUCCCCCAACCAACCUCUGCACCCCCUGUUCCUGCCCCUUGUGCCUUCCAACACCCUACCUCAACCCCCCCCAGUCUCCCCCUUCUCCAACACCCUCCAUAUUUCCUCCCCCCUGGGGCUCGCCCAUCCGCAGCGCCUCCUUUCGGUGCCCUCUCUGCCCUCCCACGUUCUCACCCCCCGCCUUCCAACCUUCUCAUUACCCGCUACCAGGCUCACGCCAACUCGACUACCCACUACCCUUUGCCCCUUCCUCUCUGUUCCCCACCCUUCCUUCCCCACCUUGGCUCCACCUGCCCACCCCCACCUCCCGUGGAAUUCUGCCCUGCCCUCCCCACCUCUGGCCCACCACCUGUCCCCACACCCUGCUCGCCCACCACUACAUCACCCCCGCCCCCCCACCUCCACUACAGCCCGCCAACACUUCCCCUCUCAACCGGCCCCCAGCCCGCCCCCCCCUUGGGCCCCAAUCCCCUCCAACCUGUCAGGCCCCCUCUACCCUCUCUUCCACCCACUGCGCACCGCUUUCCCCACCCUUUUUCCAUCUUCCCAAGCUAACCCCCCGCACCCCGGCCUCUGCCAGGGAGUUCCUUCCCCCUUUGACGCCCUCUUGA